AUGGUUAUCAGUGAAUACAGUGUAAGUGUGGGGUACCCAGCUCUCUGCCAGUCUAUGGUUAUCAGUGAAUACAGUGUAAGUGUGGGGUACCCAGCUCUCUGCCAGUCUAUGGUUAUCAGUAAAUACAGUGUAAGUGUGGAGUACCUAGCUCUCUGCCAGUCUAUGGUUAUCAAUGAAAUAGUGUAAGUGUGGGGUACCCAGCUCUCUGACAGUCUAUGGUUAUCAAUGAAUUAGUGUAAGUCUGGGGUACCUAGCUCUCUGCCAGUCUAUGGUUAUCAGUGAAUACAGUGUAAGUGUGGGGUACCGUAUAUCGAUGUAUACAGUGUAUGCCGGGUGUGUCAGUCUGUGGCUAUCGAUGUAUAUGGUGUAUGCCGGGUGUGCCAGUCUGUGGCUAGCGAUAAAUACGGUGUAUGCCGGCUGUGCCAGUCUGUGGCUAGCGAUGUAUACGGUGUAUGCCGGGUGUGCCAGUCUGUGGCUAGCGAUGUAUACGGUGUAUGCCGGCUGUGCCAGUCCGUGGCUAUCGAUGUAUACGGUGUAUGCCGGCUGUGCCAGUCCGUGGCUAGCGAUGUAUACGGUGUAUGCCGGCUGUGCCAGUCCGUGGCUAGCGAUGUAUACGGUGUAUGCCGGCUGUGCCAGUCUGUGGCUAGCGAUGUAUACGGUGUAUGCCGGCUGUGCCAGUCUGUGGCUAUCAGCAGACACAGUAAUUAAUAUAAUAAAUGGGACAGUGAUGUAUAUGGUUCAGUCAUUGAGUUAAUGGAAGCAGUAAUAAUAAUAAUAAUAAUAAUAUAAUAAUAAUAAUAAUAUAAUAAUAAUAAUAAUAAUAUAAUAAUAAUAUAAUAUAAUAAUAAUAAUAAUAAUAUAAUAAUAUAAUAAUAAUAAUAUAAUAAUAAUAUAAUAAUAAUAAUAUAAUAAUAUAAUAAUAAUAAUAUAAUGAUAAUAAUAAUAAUAAUAUAAUAACAAUAAUAAUAUAAUAAUAAUAUAAUAAUAAUAAUAUAAUAAUAAUAAUAAUAAUAUUAUAAUAUAAUAUAAUAAUAAUAAUAAUAAUAUAAUAUAAUAAUAAUAAUAUAAUAAUAAUAAUAAUAAUAUAAUAAUAAUAAUAAUAAUAUAAUAAUAAUAAUAUAAUAAUAUAAUAAUAUAAUAUAAUAAUAAUAAUAAAGGUUAUUACGAUGCCGCCCCCCUCUCCCCCCCCGGGUCUCCGUGUUGGGCCUCGGCCUCUCCCAGCUCCCCCUCCCCCUCCUCCUCCCCCUCCAGCCGGCUGCAUACUCCCCGGCUCCCCCCCUCCCGGCUCUCAGUCCCAGCGCACAGGCCGCAGCCGGAGCCGGAGCCCGGGAGAGGAAAUCGGCGGCCAGAGAGCGAACUGCGGCCCCACAGCCAGGUCAGUACCGAACCCGGGCCGGGCCUCCCCCCAAACCGGUACCGAGCUUCCCCCCCCCGCUACCGGUACCGGUACCGAGCCCGGGGCCUCCCCCCAAACCGGUACCGAGCUUCCCCCCCCCGCUACCGGUACCGGUACCGAGCCCGGGGCCUCCCCUAAACCGGACACGGGGACACCGACCGACCGGGGAGACAUUCCUGGGGACACCCGGCACCCGGUAACAAUAAAUACACCCGGGUAACAUUAUCCACCCCGGGUAACAUUAUCCCCACCCCGGGUAACAUUAUCCCCACCCCGGGUAACAUUAUCCCCACCCCGGGUAACAUUAUCCACCCCGGGUAACAUUAUCCCCACCCCGGGUAACAUUAUCCCCACCCCGGGUAACAUUAUCCCCACCCCGGGUAACAUUAUCCCCACCCCGGGUAACAUUAUCCCCACCCCGGGUAACAAUAAAUACACCCAGUAACAUUAUACACCCGGUAACCGGUAGCAUUAUACCCGGUAGCAAUACACCCAGCUCCCGGUAACAUUAUAUCCGGUAACAAUGCACCCGGUAACAUUAUAUCCGGUAACAAUACACCCGGCACCCGGUAGCAUUAUACCCGGUAACAUUAUAUCCGGUAACAAUACACCCGGCACCCGGUAGCAUUAUACCCGGUUACAAUAUACCUGGUAACAAUACACCCAGCACCCGGUAACAUUAUACCCGGUAACAUUAUACCCGGUAGCAAUAUACCCGGUAACAAUGCACCCGGUAGCAUUAUACCAGGUUACAAUAUACCCAGUAACAAUGCACCCGGUAGCAUUAUACCCGGUUACAAUAUACCUGGUAACCAUACACCCAGCACCCGGUAACAUUAUACCCAGUAACAAUACACCCAGCACCCGGUAACAUUAUACCCGGUAGCAAUAUACCCGGUAACAAUGCACCCGGUAGCAAUAUACCCGGUAACAUUAUCCCCACCCCGGGUAACAUUAUCCCCACCCCGGGUAACAUUAUCCCCACCCCGGGUAACAUUAUCCACCCCGGGUAACAUUAUCCCCACCCCGGGUAACAUUAUCCCCACCCCGGGUAACAUUAUCCCCACCCCGGGUAACAUUAUCCCCACCCCGGGUAACAUUAUCCACCCCGGUAACAUUAUCCACCCCGGGUAACAAUAAAUACACCCGGUAACAUUAUACACCCGGUAACCGGUAGCAUUAUACCCGGUAGCAAUACACCCAGCUCCCGGUAACAUUAUAUCCGGUAACAAUGCACCCGGUAACAUUAUAUCCGGUAACAAUACACCCGGCACCCGGUAGCAUUAUACCCGGUAACAUUAUAUCCGGUAACAAUACACCCGGCACCCGGUAGCAUUAUACCCGGUUACAAUAUACCUGGUAACAAUACACCCAGCACCCGGUAACAUUAUACCCGGUAACAUUAUACCCGGUAACAUUAUACCCGGUAACAUUAUACCCGGUAGCAAUAUACCCGGUAACAAUGCACCCGGUAGCAUUAUACCAGGUUACAAUAUACCCAGUAACAAUGCACCCGGUAGCAUUAUACCCGGUUACAAUAUACCUGGUAACAAUACACCCAGCACCCGGUAACAUUAUACCCAGUAACAAUACACCCAGCACCCGGUAACAUUAUACCCGGUAGCAAUAUACCCGGUAACAAUGCACCCGGUAGCAAUAUACCCGGUAACAAUGCACCCGGUAGCAUUAUACCAGGUUACAAUAUACCCAGUAACAAUGCACCCGGCACCAUGAGACCCAGUGUGACUAAGUGCCCUUCGCCACUUAUGUCUAGAGGGGACUACUGGCUAGUCUCCUGCCUUCCGGCUAUGGCCCCUGUGCUGAUAGCUGUAUUUUACCCUGCAAUAAGGUUUAUUUGGGUAUUUCUGCCGGGUUGUUCGGGACUUUCAGUAUGUGAGUAGUGCUACACCAGAUAGCUAUGCCAUGGAGCUAAUUCGAGUAAUGAAAGACUAUGGAAAAGACUUUGGCUCCAUGGCGAUUGAAUUGUAUGUAUGUGAUCUGAGCGCCAUUCAAUAAUAAUGUGCGCUCAGAUCUAAGUUAUCUGGGGAUAUGUUGCAUUUAUAUGUUUUAUGUAGUAAUUGUAACAUUGUGUAAUUUUAUGUCUUUUUGUAACCAUGUGGUUAAUGGAGUCUUGCCUCUGUCCUUCCCAAUUAUCUCCAGGAUAGAGAGGAGGGAUUGUGAUGUCACUGUGGGAGUGUUUUGUUUGUAUUGUCUGUGAUUGGCUUAUAUCCAAUAUGUGUCCCAUUGUUCCAUCAGGUCCCCUAGGGGAGUGUCCACCUGGUGGACACUUGCAUAAAUACCAGGCAGGUAUCCCUCAAUAAACCAAACCUACUUGAACCUUUCUUGAAGCCUUGGCUCAUGCUUGGGGGAUGGGAUAACUACACUCAGGGGAUUGCUAUAAUCACAUACUCCCCAGUGUCAACUCUUGCAAGAGCUUGUUUUGUUCCUGCUCUCUGGAUUUAGGAGAGGUUCACCCACUGGAAGCUGGAUCCUGGCCUUGGAUCCAGGGUGGGUGAGAGACGGCGAGACCCCGGCGCAGCUGCAUCGCUAAGUGGGGUCUGCAGUGCUGAUGGUGUCGGUUGGAGUGAUCGGAGUCCUUGGCAAGCGCUAGGAGCAUCGAUUGGCGGUGGUACUCGGUCAGAGUGCCAGCGUUCCGUCACAUCCAGUAACAAUACACCCAGCACCCGGUAACCAUACACCCAGCACCAAGUAACAUUAUACCCGGUAACAUGGCAACCCGGCACCCGGUAACAAUACACACAGCACCCAGCAACCGGUAACAAUACACACGGCACCUGGCAGCAGUACACCCGGUAACACGGCAACAAUACACCCGGCAACACAGCACCUGGCACCCGGUAACAAUACACCCAGUAACAAGGCACCCGGCAACACAGCAACCGUCACCCGGUUGUGCCAGUAACACAGCACCCGGCAACAAUACACCUGGUAAAACAGCACCUGGUAACAAUGAACCCUGUAACACUCCACCCGACAGCAAAACACCAGGUAACAGUACACCCGGCAUCCAGUAACAAUACACCCGGGACCCGGUAACCAUACUGUGACAGAACCAUCUGUCUGUUUAUUGUGGUGGAUUCGUCUGUUUCUGCCCUGUUCGUGUAAAUGGCUGUUUCCUAUAGCCCAGCCAUACGAAUGACUGUUUUUCCUGAACAAAAUUACCGAACGGAUGGCCACCCAGGAGAGAAGUGUGCUGCUGGUUAACCUAUUGAUCCCAGUUAGAACGUUGUGGUUAACCGCAGACACUUCUCAAUUAAACCGAAUUCAGGGUGGUCGUCGUUCGUAUGUCGACCACGAGGCAGCGGCCAUUUUAAAACACGCGAAAGCCCAGUGGUGUUCGGCUCUAUUUUCAUGGAACUAAAAACGGACACUUUUUCUGCCGAACACCACUGAAACAACGGAACGCAUGGCUGCCUCCACGAAACCGUACGAACACUGGCCGUUCAGGAGUUUUGAAACACACGAAAGGACUUAACCCAGAUAGCCUUCCCAUGGAGUCAAUCGCAUACCGAAAGACUGUAAGAACUUUGACUCCAUGGCGAUUGAACUGUGUGUGUGGGAUCUGAGCGCUAUUCGCUAAUAAUAUGCACUCAGAUCCAGGCUAUCUGGGGAUAUGUGAUGCAAAUGGGAAAUGUUCGGUUAUUUUAAAGUUAUGUAUUUUUAUGUAUUUUCUAGUAUUGUAUUUAAGAUGGCGAUUUGUCUUUUGUCCUGGAGAUAAUUGAAUUACUUCUCAAUUAUCUCCAGGGCAGAGGGGAGGAAACCAUAUUGCAUUGUGGGUAAAGGCUGUGCCUGUAUGUCUGGAAUGUCUUCAUGUCCAUCUGUAAUUCCAGUCUCCCAUUUGGUCCCCUAGGGGAGUGUCCACCAAGUGGGAGACCUGCAUAAAUACGGGCAGGUAGCCCACAGUAAAGCCAGAUCCUGUUUGACCCUCAGUGCGGAGCUUCUGUCUCGUUAUUGGGGGGAUUUCUUCUUUGCGCUUAGAGACUGCUGGAUGGAACCGAAAGCCGCUUGGUGGAUAUCGUUGUUCGGCGGCUAGCAACAGUUUGUGGAUUUCCGUUCGGGAGUUUGGUGUCUUUCACGGAUCCCGGUCGGCAGAUUACCGCUUCUCUUGGUUAUGGUUCGUGUAUUAUAAUUGAUGCGAACGGAUUACUGAAUUUGCGAAAGGGGAAGGUGAACUAAACGGCGGUUUCUCUUAAAGACACCAGGGGUGUCUUAACUCAUACACCCGGUAACAAUACACCCGGGACCUGGUAACCAUACACCUGGUAACCAUACACCCGGGACCCGGUAACCAUACACCCGGUAACAAUACACCCGGGACCCGGUACCACUAUACCGGUAACACUGCACCAUCUAAACAUAAAUAUCGCUUCCUUUAUACCAUUCUAAUGCUUCCACAUCAAUACCACUUCCCCUGUAUCCCCUAUAAAUUACUACCACUUUCUCUAUAUUCCCUAUACAUCAGUACCACUUCCUCUGUAACCCCUGUACAUCAGUACCAUUUCCUCUGUAACCCCUGUACAUCAAUACCACUUCCUCUGUAUCCCCUGUACAUCAAUACCACUUCCUCUGUAUCCCCUGUACAUCAAUACCACUUCCUCUGUAUCCCCUGUACAUCAAUACCACUUCCUCUGUAUCCCCUGUACAGCAAUACCACUUCCUCUGUAACCCCUGUACAGCAAUACCACUUCCUCUGUAUCCCCUGUACAGCAAUACCACUUCCUCUGUAUCCCCUGUACAUCAAUACCACUUCCUCUGUAUCCCCUGUACAUCAAUACCACUUCCUCUGUAUCCCUUGUACAUCAAUACCACUUCCUCUGUAUCCCUUGUACAUCAAUACCACUUCCUCUGUAUCCCCUGUACAACAAUACCACUUCCUCUGUAUCCCCUGUACAUCAAUACCACUUCCUCUGUAUCCCCUGUACAACAAUACCACUUCCUCUGUAUCCCCUGUACAACAAUACCACUUCCUCUGUAUCCCCUGUACAUCAAUACCACUUCCUCUGUAUCCCCUGUACAUCAAUACCACUUCCUCUGUAUCCCCUGUACAUCAAUACCACUUCCUCUGUAUCCCCUGUACAACAAUACCACUUCCUCUGCAUCCCCUGUACAUUAACAUCACUGUAUAUUAUUCUGCUUCCAUCAUACACACUAUACAUAAAUACCAGUUCCACUCAGUCCCCUUAUACGUAAAAGAACACUUUUUUUUUUAUUUGAGGCUCUCCACUCUGUACUGUAUGCAUUGAAGGGACACCGUAGGUAUUCUCAUAAUUUCAUCUAAUUGAAUUGGUUAUGGUGUUUGGAGUCCCCUGGCACUGUUCUUGUAUUCAGAAUUAAACCAUUUCUGAACAUGUUAACACUGAGGCCCUUUGUCACACACAGCCCGGCUGACUGGAAGUAAGCCUAAGGCAGACAUUGCACAAUUCCUUUUAGCCAUACCAUGUCAUACUAGCAGUGGGCACCGUGAUAGGCUGAAAGUAGUCAGUUGACACUCACAGCCUCCUAUUGCUGCUCAGGCUAACACGUCCUUAUUAUCCCAGCACAGAGGGGAUAGGGCUACUUGUUCGCAUAGCUUUAAAACAUUAGAAAAUGUUUAAAGAAACAUUGUAGUCACCAGAAUCACUACACUCAUUACACUGUAAACGCUGCCUUUUCAGGGAAAAGGCAGUGUUUACACUGCUGCCUAGCAACACUUUUUCCGUCUGUCAAUCUAGCAGCCACUAGACUGACGUCCUGGCUUUUGUCCUACAAAAAUUACAGGAUGGACGUUUAGGAUGUGCAGACACUAAACACUUCCCAUAGAAAUGCAGUGAUUCAUUGCGUCUUUAUUAGGAGAUGCUGAAUGGUGCAACUUGGCAUUUUGCUGCACAUGCACCCUAGCCUUCAAAAGCCUGUGUGAAAACAUUAAAUUGGCUGAUCAUGUCAAGGUUGAUCUCAUCUAAGGAAGUGAGGCUGGCCAUGGAGAAAAGAUACGGUAAUAAAUCACCUUUUCAUGCACCGAACUAAAUGAUUGCGAAUGUGGAUUGUGGAGUCAGGUGAGAUUGAUCCCGAAUGUAUUAGUUCCAAUAUCGCUUAGCAGAAAUUUUAUUUGCACAAAUUCUUUAAAAAUAUUUUUGCACAAAUCUACUAUAUAUCACAGAUAGCUUACACCAUGAUACUGCGUACCCUAUAUACCACAACUACCUUAUACCAUGAUACUGCGUACCCUAUAUACCACAAUUAACGUACACCAUGAUACUGCCUACCCUAUAUACCACAACUACCUUACAGAAUGAUACUCCGUACCCUAUAUACCACAACUACCUUACACCAUGAUACUGCUUACUGUAUAUACCACAAUUAACGUACACCAUGAUACUGCCUACCCUAUAUACCACAACUACCUUAUACCAUGAUACUGCGUACCCUAUAUACCACAACUACCUUACAGAAUGAUACUCCGUACCCUAUAUACCACAACUACCUUAUACCAUGAUACUGCUUACUGUAUAUACCACAACUACCUUACACCAUGAUACUGCUUACUGUAUAUACCACAACUACCUUACACCAUGAUACUGCUUACUGUAUAUACCACAAUUAACGUACACCAUGAUACUGCCUACCCUAUAUACCACAACUACCUUACAGAAUGAUACUCCUUACCCUAUAUACCACAACUAACUUACAUCAUGAUACUGCGUACCCUAUAUACCACAACUACCUUACACCAUGAUACUGCUUACUGUAUAUACCACAAUUACCGUACACCAUGAUACUGCCUACCCUAUAUACCACAACUACCUUAUACCAUGAUACUGCGUACCCUAUAUACCACAACUACCUUACAGAAUGAUACUCCGUACCCUAUAUACCACAACUACCUUACACCAUGAUACUGCUUACUGUAUAUACCACAAUUAACGUACACCAUGAUACUGCCUACCCUAUAUACCACAACUACCUUAUACCAUGAUACUGCGUACCCUAUAUACCACAACUACCUUACAGAAUGAUACUCCGUACCCUAUAUACCACAACUACCUUACACCAUGAUACUGCUUACUGUAUAUACCACAACUACCUUACACCAUGAUACUGCUUACUGUAUAUACCACAAUUAACGUACACCAUGAUACUGCCUACCCUAUAUACCACAACUACCUUACAGAAUGAUACUCCUACCCUAUAUACCACAACUAACUUACAUCAUGAUACUGCACCACAACUACCUUACACCAUGAUACUGCUUACUGUAUAUACCACAAUUAACGUACACCAUGAUACUGCCUACCCUAUAUACCACAACUACCUUAUACCAUGAUACUCCUUACCCUAUAUACCACAACUAACUUACAUCAUGAUACUGCGUACCCUAUAUACCACAACUACCUUACACCAUGAUACUGCUUACUGUAUAUACCACAAUUAACGUACACCAUGAUACUGCCUACCCUAUAUACCACAACUACCUUAUACCAUGAUACUGCGUACCCUAUAUACCACAACUACCUUACAGAAUGAUACUCCGUACCCUAUAUACCACAACUACCUUACACCAUGAUACUGCUUACUGUAUAUACCACAAUUAACGUACACCAUGAUACUGCCUACCCUAUAUACCACAACUACCUUAUACCAUGAUACUGCGUACCCUAUAUACCACAACUACCUUACAGAAUGAUACUCCGUACCCUAUAUACCACAACUACCUUACACCAUGAUACUGCUUACUGUAUAUACCACAACUACCUUACACCAUGAUACUGCUUACUGUAUAUACCACAAUUAACGUACACCAUGAUACUGCCUACCCUAUAUACCACAACUACCUUACAGCAUGAUACUCCUUACCCUAUAUACCACAACUAACUUACAUCAUGAUACUGCGUACCCUAUAUACCACAACUACCUUACACCAUGAUACUGCUUACUGUAUAUACCACAAUUAACGUACACCAUGAUACUGCCUACCCUAUAUACCACAACUACCUUAUACCAUGAUACUGCGUACCCUAUAUACCACAACUACCUUACAGAAUGAUACUCCUUACCCUAUAUACCACAACUACCUUACACCAUGAUACUGCUUACUCUAUAUACCACAAUUAACGUACACCAUGAUACUGCGUACCCUAUAUACCACAACUGCCUUACAGAAUGAUACUCCUUACCCUAUAUACCACAACUAACUUACAUCAUGAUACUGCGUACCCUAUAUACCACAACUACCUUACACCAUGAUACUGCUUACUGUAUAUACCACAAUUAACGUACACCAUGAUACUGCCUACCCUAUAUACCACAACUACCUUACACCAUGAUACGGCUUACCCUAUAUAUCACUAUUAUAUGUAGUAUAUAGCAUUUAUUUGCCAGGAGGUUUCUUAGUUUGAAGAGGAUGUAUCAUUUCGGAGGAGUCUUUGCAUAUUUUGGCAUCUCUGUUUAGGGUCUGAUGGCCAUGGAGUGCUGACAAAAGUAGGUUUUACUACUAAAGCGGCCCUUGACCAUCUUCAUCCAUGAAACCAUAGUCCGCUCCUGGGGCUUCAUCUGCCAGGAGCCACGUCUGUGUUGUUCACUCGUACAUGCGAAAGAGCACAACAAUGAGGUCUGUGGAGGUGCCUACAUCACGUGUCACAAUGAGUGAGACGAUGCCUGAAUUCCACAGUCACGGCUUGUGAUGGCUACUGGGAUUGGACAAACGUUGACAGCAGAGCUCUGUGUUUUGUCAACCUCAGGCUUGUCCGUAGCACAAAGUAAUGUCUAGUUUAUCUUAUGGAAUCGUUGGGUUGUGCUGGACUUUCAGUGAAAUGCCAGGUUAUAUCUUUAUGAAAUACUAAGAACUGACCGUGCCACUUUAAUGGUCAUAGGAAGGUUCCUGGGAAAAUCUCCCUUUAUCACUACAUUAAUUUCCUUACUGCAAUAUAUGGAUUCUACCUACUAUAGAGCAGGACCCUAUACCUUGCACAGCGCCACCGAUAAAGGAAUUUAAAACACAGCCGUGAUAUUAUAAAAUGGACAGAAAGCGGACUGCCCCUCAUAGCCUAUAGUGCGCUGUUAAUUUAAAUGUAUGUUAUUUUUACUUAAAGUUGGACCUUUUUAUAGCUGAGCAUUAAUACUUGGCUCGUUGCCUGAAUGUUUUCUACGCAGCCCUCGUAUGUCAGGGGUUAAUCUGUUAUUGCGACACCUACCUAUGUAUGACAUUUCUUUCCCAAACUAUUCCUGGGAGCUACUGGUACACCUUUCUACCUUGGUUUAUUCACUAAAGUAUUGUAGCACAAAACAGCCGCACCGAAUAUAUUCUCCUAUUUAAAGGAACGCUCAGAGGUAAAAAAAAAUUGUUUAUCUUGAGUUUACUCAACUUUUUUAUUUAUUUAUUUUUGGGAGACCUUUUUAAAAUUAUUUUUAAAAAGCCUUUAAACCUACAUGUAAUCUAGAUAUAGUCUUGUCUCGGCAGUCGCUCCGUCCAUGGUGAGAUUAUUCUGAAAGAUCAUCUCACUCCAGCCAAAUCUUUUAUGAUUUAAGGUGCACGUGCAGCAACUGCCAAUUAAAUGAUGCACAUGCACGGCGUUCAGCAUUCUCAUGGUGUGAGUAAUGAUGCAAAUGUGAAGACCUUCAAUUUUUAUGGGUGCUCCUUGUCUGACUGUCAGGCUUAUAACUGCUAGAGGUGUGUCUAUGGCCAAAUGUAAACAUUAACGUUUCCCUGAAAAGGCAAUAGUUUACAUUGCCAGACAGUAGCAACAGGGUCUGUGCACCAAACCUCUAUGUGAAAAUGAAGACUGUCCUUUUAACUAAUUUUCUAGCUGUGCUAUAUUUGUCUAAGAUAUAUCAUUUCUUUGUCCGCCCUACAUAGUUUCUGAUCUAGGUAAUAAUACCAACAAUUUGUUAAUGAUUUGUGGACGUGUUCAUGAAACUAUAAUUCCAUUGGAUGCAGAAUUAGGAUUGCUGCAUUUUUUUGUUGUCCAUUUUUAAAAUCCUUUAUUCUAGCUAGCCAUCACAAGUGACCAUUUCAUAUUUUGCUAAAUUGCUGAAGCACAUACACUUAAAUCAACGUUGGUUUUUAACAGAUUGUUACUUAGUGCACUUCUUAUUAUUUAAGAGAUAAUUUGUGUGACCAGAUCUAGGCUAGAGUUAAAACUUUUUUUUUUCUUUACCCCAGAGUGUGUGUCUCUGUAUAACUGCUGAAAAAUUGCUAGUGGCGACUUAAAGUUGCUGUGAUUGUUCUGCUUUCUAAUGCCACCAAUCAAUUCUCUGAGUGCAAUCAGGCCUCAUUAACUUUAUAAAAUACGUUGGCAAAAUGCUAACGGUUGGGACUGACACGCAAGAAUUGGCUGCCCUGCUAUUUUAGCCUUUGCAAGUUUAUUUCUUUUGUAGCUGCUGUACACAGUGGUUCAUGUGACGUGUGGUUUAGCUGCUGAUCUUGGAGUGGUUAUGCGUUCUGGUCAUUGAGCGAUGUGCUAUCCCCUUGUGACAUCCAAGAUAAACAUACGGUGAUCUGCAGGGUAUCUGCAAAAACAUCCAGUGUUACCCUGCGUUAAGCCGUGUUACUAUACACUAAGUGUCAAAAGGUCCAUCGUUCACAGAUAGACAGCUGGCACAGAGGAUAACCAGCUGCUAAACGCGAACGGUCAGGGCAUUUGUGGGGAAUAGGAAUUGGGUAUGAUUCAAUAGCUCCAAGCUGAGGGCUUGUGGGGUUAUUAACUAAACAGGGUUCAGGCCAAAAUAUCCAUAUUGGGAGAAUUUGCCAACUUGGUUCUGUUCCCAAUUCAGCUAUUUUGGAGUAAAAUUACAAAGCUCUUGGCAUUUCUCCUGAAUUCUAAAUACAGUUAAUAAACUCUUAUACUCUUUUGUGUCCAACCCCAUACAGAGUUGCAUGAUAUGCUAUGUGUAUUUGGGAUAUAUAUAUAUAUAUAUAUCUCCAUCUUCUACAUAAAGUGGGUGGUACAUGAAAAGGUCUGCCCUGGAUGGAGUGGAAUUAUAAGUUAAUCAAUCCGAAUGGGUAUUGCCUUGUACGCUGGGUAUCAGCCAUGCUGCUGGGGAUAUACGUGGCUUUAUAUGUAUGUAUGCGGAGCUGUAGUGUUUGUUUGUACUGACGUUCUGGAUUCUGCAGUGUUUCUUUCAAUGUGGGACUGCAAACAAUGCAGCUUAUUGUAUUACACGGCAUUCACAGCAUUGCUUUCUGGUUCCGUUACUGAACAGCUCACACAUGUACAUUCAGAAUCCACAUUCCAGGCACAUUACGGCCUUCACAAUAUCCCUGUUUCUAGCGGGAUGUGCUGCAGCUCAUACGAUUUCUUAGAGAACAUUGAAAUAAAAUAAGUGACAGUGAACACUUUAAAAUCUCUAUGCUCUAAUUCAAAUAGCAGUACAAAAACCGAAGUCCCAUGAAGAGACACAAUUAUAUUAAAAUAGCCAGGUGCAAACUAUAUAAACACUCCCUUAAAUGUUUAUCCAAAUAUCUAUAUAAUCUAGAAUGCACACUAUAACAACUUCAAUCAUUAAGUACAAUACGACUUAAGUAUUAAGUAGAAAAAAAAUCUCAAUAUCAGACAGAAAUAGAGGCAAACGAUCGUGCUAUACCAAAAGAAUCGUACAAGCCCCAAGGCAGAAACAUAAGUUACCAACUCCCUCCUAGAGUUGAUGGCUUGUAAGAUUUAUUGGUAUUAUAUUAUUGUUUGCCUCUAUUUCUGUUCCUUUGUCUAUUUUUGUUUAUUUGUCUGAUAUUGAGAAUUUUUUUUCUACUUAAUAAAGUCGUAUUGUACUUAAAAGAUCACUAUAGGGUCAGGAACACAAACAUGUAUUCCUGACCCUAUAGUGUUAAAACCACCAUCUAGCCCCCCUGGGCCCUCAUGCCUCCAUAAAUAUAGCAAAUCUUACUGUAUUCAAGCCUGAAGCUGUAACUCUGCAUGCUGUUAGACUCAGAAAAACAAGCAGUCUGCUGACAUCAUCAGAAGUGGCAGCCUGAUCCAAUCACAGUGCUUCCCCAUAGGAUUGGGUGAGACUGACAAGGAGGCAGAUCAGGGGCAGAGCCAGCAUGAUUCAAACACAGCCCUGGCCAAUCAGCAUCUCCUCAUAGAGAUGAAUUGAAUCAAUGAAUCUCUAUGAGGAAAGUUCAGUGUCUGCAUGCAUAGGGAGGAGAUACUGAAUGUUUGGAUGCAUUUUAGGCAGCCAUGACCCAGGAAGGAUCUCUAACAGCCAUCUGAGGGGUGGCCAGUGAAGUUAUCACUAGGCUGUAAUGUAAACACUGCAUUUUCUCUGAAAAGACAGUGUUUACAGCAAAAAGCCUGAAGGUAAUGAUUCUGCUCACCAGAACAAAUCCAAGAAGCUGUAUCCUAUACAAUGAUCUGUGUCCUAUACAAUAAGCUGUAUAUCAUUCAAUAAGCUGUAGUUGUUCUGGUGACUAUAGUGUCCCUUUAAUGAUUGAAGUUGUUAUAGUGUGCAUUAUAUAUCAUAUAGCUAAUUCAAAUAGCAGCCAUAUCCUGCCUCUAAUAAUCUCCGUUCCAUUAGCUGCUUGGCCGUGUUUUGCCUUAUCUGGUGCCCGAGAUAAUGAUUCUAGCCAGAUGACAGCUGCUGUAUCUGAAACAUAAGAAGGGUGGUAUACAGUCUAUAUGGCUCUGCACAUUCCAUGGAACCAUUUGUAAUGCGCAAAUUCUCUCCCAGAUGGUCACAGUCACGGGAUCUCUGUCUUUGCGUUGGCCACUGGCAAAUUAAUUUUGUAUUAUGUGGCCAGAAUGGUUAUCAUGGAAACUAACGUCUGACUGAGGCUGAUCGGAGAUGGAAUUCCCAUAAAUGUGCAGGGUAACAGUUGGCUAUCACUUUUCUAUGAUCCCAGCUACUGGCUCUAACAUAUAUUUUAGCUUCAUUACUACACCAACACUGGUUGAAUCUCCGUGUUUUAUUGAAUAAUUGUGUGUGUGCUGUUUCUCAAUCUAUAUUAUAGAUUGAGAAACAGCACAACUACUGAGAAAUGCAUGUUCUGUGAGUGCCCUCAAUUCUGUUUUUUGUUCUCUAUGUAGGUUUUAAAUUUUUUUUAAUUUUUAAAUGUGUCCUUUAUCAAAGGGGCACGGUAGCGUGACCGCAUCAUCUCACAGAAGUGUUUGUAGUGUCUGGAGUUCUCCAGCGCCAUCUUUCUAUUUGGUGUUAACCCGUUUUUAAAGGAACACUAUAGGGCCAGAACAUCUUACCCCUCUAAAUAUAGCAAAAUCUUACCUUUAUCGCAGUCUGCUGCUGCUGCUGGCUACCCCUGAUCUGCCUGCUUGGCUGACAUCAUCAAAAGUGAUUAUCUGAGCCAAUCACAAUGCUUUCCCAUAGAUUUGCUGAGACUGUCAAGGAGGCAGAUCAGCACAAGCCAAACACAGCCCUGGCCAAUUAGCAUCUCCGCAUAGAGAUACAUUGAAUCAAUGAUCUCUGUGAGGAAAGUUCAGUGCAGAGGGUGGAGACACUGAAUGGCAGUCAUACUGUGCAGCACUGCCCCAGGAAGCACCUCUAGCAGCCAUCUGAGGAGUGGCUAGUGGAGGUAUCCCUAGGCUUUAAUGUCUGAAAAGACAGUGUUUACUGCAAAAAGCCAUAAGGGAAUGAUUGUACUCACCAAAAAAAAUACAAUAAGCUGUAGUUGUUCUAUAGAUUAUAGUGUCACUUUAAUGCUAAAUUAGACUCCCCAGCAGCCCAUUCCAUCUGUACUAUGUGUAGAAGACAUUAGCCUGGGCAGGAAUGUGUGGAUGUGAAUGACUGAACAUUUCCGCUUUCAGCCUAUCACAGCAUCCAUAGCUGGUAUGAGUUGGUAUCACUACAAGGAAGUGCAUAAACUUCCUUGUAGUGGCUGGCUGUGGGUGGCCAAGGGUGCCUAUUUAGUGUUCAAUUGUCCAAAAAUGGUGUAACAUUGAAUUGAGGGACAGCACAAAGGCACAAUAAACAAUUCAUUGAGAUCAAACAGUUAUAGCCUACUGUGACCCUUCAAUUGAUUUAUCUUAUUCUGUAUAGGGGCUUAACAUAUUUAGUUGCAUUUUACAUGCAUAGCCCAUCACCAUGCAAGAGUAUUGUGUGUCUAAGAAUAUGUUAAUCAAAGCUAUUUCCUGGCAUGGACUGACAAGGGAAUUCAAAACACAGCCAUGCUAACUGGUAACAAUGGUAAAAUAAUCACAAUAUUUUAUUUAUUUAUUUAUUUUUUUUUUUUACUCGGUGGUUGCCCGGAAUAAUAAGAACACAAAACAAAUGAAAUGUUUAAAUGGAACCUAUAAUAAAAUCAAAAAGCGGCAUUGUCUGUCUCCAUAUAAUUCACAUUUUGUGUUUUCUAAUUCUGCUGUUUGACAUUUUCCGAUUUUUAAAAAGACUUCUGUAAAUCUCUCUUUAGCCUUGCGUUGCUUUGUGCAGUAAACCCCGUGGCUGUGAUAGGAGUCAGCUUGAGAAUGGUCAGGUCUCAGCGUGGUGGUAGGGCUAUGGCAUUGAAGAAUGUUUGAGUUCAAGCCAUUCAAUGAGUCAUAGCCUUUAUAAGAGAUGGGAAUUACAGUCACUCAGCACCUUACAGCGGGAUUUAAUGUCCGUUCGUAAACACAACACUAAUCACUACAAUAAACUUCAUGCCAGCAGUAACUUCGCGUAUUAACUCUUUCACUGCCAGACUCUCUUGCUUGAGAAUCCACAUAGCAUUGCGGUAUUUUUAAGCGGUUGAUUGGAAACAAUCUUUUUAUAGGCAUUGUUAGAAUAAAAGGAAAGCAUUCACAUAUUUUUUAUUUGCUUAACUGGGAAUUGUAGAUUUGACAAGCGAAAGGUAAACUUUUUAACCAUUUCACCAGCUCAGAGCAUACACGUGAAGAAGGGAGGGGGAGGACAUUUUUAAAAACCCACAGCCAUGGAGGGGAGGUGAAAAAUGAAACAUUCUCAAAGUUUUCUAUUACUUGCGUCGACAUCGAGAUAUUAUUGGGAACUGUCAAAAGCUAAAUUUACCAAUGAAAUUCUUUAUUCUAUCGAUCUUUAGUAAAUUAUUAAAUCUGCUAAAGUAUCUGACUUUAAAGCCACUCUUUACUUUUUAAUGCAAUCUUUGAGAAAAACUGAUCAAGACUGCUAGACUGUCAUUAAAAUCCCAUCGCAAUCAAAAGAUACCGUAAGACAAAGUAGGGACUACUUUGUCUCAUCGUAAACAUGAGAAUGGAAAAAGGCAGAGCUCCACCGUUUGUUUUCCACCUGCUUUUGUCCAGUCCCAGCAGUGGUCUCAAUUGACAGCUCUGGAAUUCAGACAUCGAUCUAUGGAGGCUCCCGCGGUCUCGAUCCUACAUACAUAGACCUCAUUGAUGUAUAAUCUUGUGGCUCGUAACAGAUGGAGCCACGAGCGUAAGAAGAUGUACAGAGUAAAGAUUGCGGCAGCACGAGGGACAGCUUCAGGUAAGUACUACUAACUUCCUUCACCUGCACCCCUUGGCCACCAGACCAAUAAAUCUAUUGGCAAAUCUGGUCUAGACAACUAAAACAAAAGAUAAGGAUUCCUUGUAAACAAUGUGAAAGAUCCAUAAUGGUGAUUAGUAAUAAAUGAUAUCUUCCUUCCCAGCCAGAAUUAAUGAUGUAACGUGGGAGGCAGUACAUAUCCUAAAAUAUUUUGUUGGUGUAACUUUUUUUUUUCAGUACAGAGACCUAUAGGAAGAGAAGGUUUACAUGUUAUGUACACAUUUUGUUUUGGCAAAAUCAUCAGCAAAUGUUUUACUUAGAAGACGUUUGUGUCUCAAUCCCUGCUAUAGACUGAUUCUUUUUCAGUGUACCCCUCACAUUGGCAAGAGAGGCGUAAUAAUGCCUAAUACUUUAUGUACGUCUUGUUUUCAGCGACCGUGCUUCCGGUCUGUACCUCACUUCUAUUUUUGAAGAUAAUGUGCUUAUAGCUUAUUUUGUUUUUAUUUUCUUGCAGUGUCUUCGUCACAUUGUCCUCUUGACUCCAAAUCAAGUAGAAGGUAAGUUAUUCGAUACGGAUACAUGAACUCCUUGUUACAAAGACUGCUCAGCAAUAUGCAUUAAAUACAUUUGUAUAGACGUCUCUGGUGGUCUGUUGCAUUCUCUGUACAAAGGGCAGACUGGAACUGGUGCAUUCUUAUUUUUCUCAUAUAGAUAAUGCAUUUAAAAACAAUGCAAAAUAUGCUUUAAAAAGAUGGUCUAAUUUGAAGUUGUUGCAUCUGUAAGAAAACGCACCUCGUAAUGUGUGAUGUUGUAAUUUGCUCUCACUAGGAAGGAGAUUGAUCUGUUAGGAUGCUGUCAUUCUGGUCUCUGUCCAUGUUGAUUCUAUCACUAAAAGGGUUAAAGUGCAGAUCAUGGUCUAGCUGUUAAAAUCCCAAUGUAGAGAUUAGCAAUAUGAUAGUCACUAGCCUACAUAUGAGAUUACUCACUUGCUAUAAAUCUGUCAAGCUAUCUGUUUAUCCACACACCCUGUAGAAGGGAGAGGCUGAUCAGUUGUCUCGAUUUGCCUCCGAGAAGAGUCCUGGGACUUGUAGUUCAAUUAUAAUCUUUCUAUUUAAAGCUGGUUGCUGAUAUACACCCCCUUAAACCAUUUGCUUUGCUAAGAAUUCUGUGAUGGAGUGGGUGGGCUUAUAGAGCUCUAAUGUCGUUAUUAUUUAUAUAGCGCCAACAAAUUCCGCAGCGCUUUACAGUGGGUGUACCUUAGUUAAGGAACCAGCAACAAAGAAGUAUUUUAGAAGAAAAGAUGUCAGCCAGACAAGUUAGAAUUAAGAGGCAGAACCUGUAUAUUUUGUGUGUCUUUUCAUUUGUUCGUUCCUGUACAUCCAGCAAUGUGGUCUACAUGAUUCAAUGCACCAAAUGCCACCUGGGAUGCUACAUUGAGGAAACCACCCAGCCAUUAAAUGGCAGAAUGAAUAUGCAAAGACACUCCAUUAAACACCACAAGGAAUGAUCGUACUGCACUCCUGUGGGACACCACUUUACCCAGCCUGGCCACUCACUAAAGGACCUAAAAUCAAAGUACUGAAAGGGGGUUUCAAAAUACCCAAGAAAGAAAAACUUUUGAAGCCAGAAUGAUUAAAUGGUUUAACAGCAAGAAGAGAGGACUAAAUAUGGAUUUGGGAUUCCCGUCCCACUACCAACACUUUACAUGAACACUCUCCCAGCAUUAUCUUACUAUUCUGUCAUAUGUAUCCACACUUUAAAAUGCAUUCCUAUAUGUUUAUUCUAUCAAUAUAAAAGUACUAUUUGUAGACCUAUGCUUUCCCAUAUGCUUAUGCAUGUAUGCUUACAUAUGUGACUGUGCAUUUAUGUUUGUGAAUGUGAGUUCAUGUGCAUGUAUGUAUGUGUUUAUGUAUUUAUGUGUAUGUGUAUACAUGUAUGUAUUUGUGUGUCUGUGUGUGUGUGUGUAUAUAUAUAUGAAUAGGUGUGUGGGUGUGUGUACAUAUAUAUGGGCAUUUGGUUGUAUUUAUAUGUAUAUUGUAUGUUCUUGUGUAUACUUGUACAUAUGCAGUACUUGUGUAUAUGUACGUGAGUGUGCACUUGUCUGUGUAUGCUGAAUAUAGGCCUUCAUGCAUAUCCUAUAACGGCUGGAUGGGAAUUCAUACAUUCUGUAUAUUAAUACUCCAGCACCGUCUUCUGCACUGUUCCCUUGUUUUUCUCUCUCUCUCUCUCUCUCUCUCUCCCCCCCCUUACUCUGUGAUAUUCACAUAAGAUAUUUACGACCCUCUGCAAGGAUGGUGUCUAUGUUCUAUCUUGAGAAAGGGAGGUUAUCCCGAAAGCUUGUCAUUUAAAAAUUCUGUUAGUCCAAUAAAAAAGGUAUUACAAGAUGUGAAUGUUAUCUGUUUUUUUUUUACACACACACAUAUAUAUAUAUAUAUACAUAUAUAUUUUCACUUAAACAACACAAUGUAACUCCAAGUCAAUCACACUUCUGUGAAAUCAAACUGUCCACUUAGGAAGCAACACUGAGUGACAAUCGCUUUCACAUGCUGUUGUGCAAAUGGGAUGGACAACAGGUGGAAAUUAUUGGCAAUUAGCAAAACACCCCCAAUAAUGGAGUGGUUCUGCAGGUGGUGACCACAGACCACUUCUCAGUUCCUGUGCUUCCUGGCUGAUGGUUUGGUCACCUUUGAAUGCUUGCGGUGCUUUCACUCUAGUGGUAGCAUGAGACGGAGUCUACAACCCACACAAGUGGCUCAGGUAGUGCAACUCAUCCAGGAUGGCACAUCAAUGCGAGCUGUGGCAAGAAGGUUUGCUGUGUCUGUCAGCGUAGUGUCCAGAGCAUGGAGGCGCUACCAGGAUACAGGCCAGUACAUCAGGAGACGUGGAGGAGGGCAACAACCCAGCAGCAGGACCGCUACCUCUGCCUUUGUGCAAGGAGGAACAGGAGGAGCACUUCCAGAGCCCUGCAAAAUGACCUCCAGCAGGCCACAAAUGUGCAUGUGUCUGCUCAAACGGUCAGAAACAGACUCCAUGAGGGCCUGACGUCCACAGGUGGGGGUUGUGCUUACAGCCCAACACCGUGAAGGACAUUUGGCAUUUGCCAGAGAACACAAAGAUUGGCAAAUUCGCCACUGGCGCCCUGUGCUCUUCACAGAUGAAAGCAGGUUCACACUGAGCACAUGUGACAGACGUGACAGAGUCAGGAGACGCCGUGGAGAACGUUCUGCUUCCUGCAACAUCCUCCAGCAUGACCGGUUUGGCAGUGGGUCAGUAAUGGUGUGGGGUGGCAUUUCUUUGGGGGGGCUGCACAGCCCUCCAUGUGCUCGCCAGAGGUAGCCUGACUGCCAUUAGGUACCGAGAUUAGAUCCUCAGACCCCUUGUGAGACCAUAUGCUGGUGCGGUUGGCCCUGGGUUCCUCCUAAUGCAAGACAAUGCUAGACCUCAUGUGGCUGGAGUGUGUCAGCAGCUAUGGACUGGCCCAACCGUUCCCCAGAUCUGAAUCCAAUUGAGCACAUCUGGGACAUCAUGUCUCGCUCCAUCCACCAACGUCACGUUGCAACACAGACUGUCCGGGAGUUGGCAGAUGCUUUAGUCCAGGUCUGGGAGGAGGUCCCUCAGGAGACCAUCCACCACCUCAUCAGGAGCAUGCACAGGCGUUGUAGGGAGGUCAUACAGGCACAUGGAGGCCACACACACUACUGAGCCUCAUUUUGACUUGUUUUAAGGACAUUAUAUCAAAGUUGGAUCAGCCUGUAGUGUGUUUUUUCCACUUUAAUUUUUUUAAUUUUGAGUGUGACUCCAAUCCAGACAUCCAUGGGUUGAAAAAUUUGAUUUCCAUUUUUUUUAUUAUUGUGUGAUUUUGUUGUCAGCACAUUCAACUAUGUAAAGAACAAAGUAUUUCAGAAGAAUAUUUAAGAUCUAGGAUGUGUUAUUUUGGUGUUCCAUUUAUUUUUUUGAGCAGUGUAAUAUAUAUAUAAUAUAUGUGUGUGUGUGUGUGUGUGUGUGUGUAAUAUAUAUAUACAUAUAAUAACAUUUCUUGUCUCUGCAAUGUACUGGCAGCCAACCCAUCUUGUUUGUUUCAGGGAGCAGGGCAGGGGGCAUGAACCGCGAGGGAGCCCCCGGGAAGAGUCCGGAAGAAAUGUAUAUACAACAGAAGGUGCGAGUCCUGCUGAUGCUCCGGAAGAUGGGUUCUAAUGUGAGUCUUUGUGAUUCUUACCAACAAGGUUCCUAUAGUAAACAGAUUGUGUACUUUCAGUAACAGGGCGGUUACUAGGACCGCUUCAGUAACGUCCUUGUUUUUAAAAUUGAUUGCAGUGAUUGUAUUCUUCAACGUGGCUACAAUAAUUCUGUUUUAUAAGAGUAAUUGCAAUAUUUCUGCGUUGAUAUUUUUGGAGAGUGAGUGCAGUAAUUCUGUAUUUUAUAAGAGGGAUGGGAGUGAUUCCGUAUCUGUAUUAUAUAAGUAUGAUCGAAGGGUUCCAAAAAGGCAGAGUGGCUGCAAUUAGGAUGAUAUGGUAUGGGCAACGUCAUUUCAAUAAUUACAUUAUUAUUAUACAACACUUAUUUAUUUAGAACACUAUUUCAUUAUUUGUAACUUCAUUAUUUAGUAAAUAAUAAUUUUUAGUAUUUUUAGAGUGCAAUUAUUACUUGUCUGAGUGCAGUGAUUCUUUGUGUUAUGUCAGUGAAAUUAUUUUUUCUAUCUUUGAUCAAAUGUCGUUGUUCACACAAUUGUUUAAUUUGUCUUCUGCGUCUUGUAGCUCACCCCUAGUGAAGAGGGGUUUUUACGUUCAUAUGCCGGAGUGGUUAAUAGCCAGCUCAGCCAGCUACCCCAGCAUUCCAUCGAUCAGGGUAAGUCUUUCUAUAACGAUGGCAUUCACUACUAACCCAUAACUAAGUGGGUUAUUACAAACCUUAUUAGUUUGUGUUUUAACACAAUCUCUGUAAAACUGCCUCUGUUCCCCUUUCCCAUAGAAGCAGGUUAUUGCUGUUGUAACCGCAUGUGGUUCCCUUAUUUACCACUAUAAUGUCUUAAAGCAUAGAACUUAGUAGGGCUAACCAUACAGAUAUCUUAGCCAUAAUUUUAUAUAGUUAGUAAGAGAUCCUCUAUUUACCAUAUAUAAAUAAUUGAGAAUACAAUAUAAAAUAAGGAUUGUCUUGGAAGCAAGAUUGUCUUUUGGAUAUUUAUUAUAUAAAAAUAUAAAAUCCAUUAUAGCAGAGUUUAUAAGAUUAAAUUACAUGCUUGCAAAUAUCAUUAAUAGGUUAACAUACCCUUCUGAACAUGUCAUCAUGUCAGCCUCUCUGUCAUUUUAAGAUGGAGCAGCGUCUGUCUCCAAGUCUCUCCUCUGUGUCUUAACAUUUAAAAGUACACCUAUUUAUACCUUAGGUGUCUCCAUUUUAGGUUACUGUAGUUCAAAUAUGAAAAAGUAACACUUCUUUUACUUUAUUCAUUUUAGGACCUCCCUUAAUUUGGCAAACAUACAAGGCCAUAACUAAAGGGUGUAUACGUCAUGGAAAUUUUCCUGACUUAAUUCAAGAUCUUAAAGUCUGGGCAUCCUUAUCUACUUAAGGUUACCACAGUAUAUUGUGUACUGAAAGAGUCGUAGUAUAGCCUUGAAGCUUGUUUAUGCAUUAUUGUUAUUGUAAUUCGUCUGGGACAAAAUGGCGCAAACAUAUUAUGCACUGAGGUUAUUGCUAUGAAAAACAAUAUGUUCCAUUUCUAACACCUUGUCAGUUUGCAAUAUCUCUUAAAGACAAAGUACACAGUUUAAGAAAUACAACAUUUCAUUCUAAAACUUGUAAUAUUUGCAUUUGCCCAUAACACUGUCAGUGGUUUUCUCACUGAUUGUCUUGGUAUUUGUGUGUUAUUCAUUGCUGGUUUUAGGCUUGGGUUACGGAUUACUAUUGUGCACAGUAGUUAUGUGUGUGUGUGUCUCCUUUUAGAAGUUUUGCAUAGACGAUCAUGUGAACAGGUUCAGCGAGGUGUGCUCUACUUUGCUUCAUUGGUGUGACACAGUCUCUGGUGUAUGAUGCAGUUUUAUUUGAUAUGCUUUGAUGGGGGGAAUGCAAUAUAACCAGCAUGUAUUUUUCCCGUAGGAUGUAUAGUGUGUUAGCUGUUGUUAACUUCUUUGUACCAGGCAAGAGGCUGUCGUUAUGAUUUUGGAUAACUUCUUUUUGCCACAUACUUGUGUAUACACGAUUGCCAGGGUAUGCAGCCAUACGUGUAACUUAAAUUGGGUUAUUGCAAAGGAAUUUUGUUUGCAAAUUAUACGAUGAAUACUAUCAGCUCACAGCUCUAUAGCACCGGGAGCCAUGGCGCUCUGGGCAUCCUAGAGAACAGCUGUUUGGGAACUGAGAGAGGGGAGCACACUCAGUAAAUGUGCUGUUAGACUGACAGCAGCUAUCAGACAGUCUCAGAAAGAAUCUACACUUUAUGUGAUAAUGGAGCAGGGAAGCAGCAUGUACUUAGAGACUGCAUGAUAGCUGCAGCAUCUCUCGCAGUACACCAUAACCAGGGUAAAUGUGUGUGUGUUUGGGGGUUGGGGUGGGGAGGAAGGUGACAAUGUGUCAGUCAGCAUGUAUAUAUGUGUGUGUGUUUGUCUCUGACAUUGUGUUUGGCACCGCGUAUCCUUUUGUGUUUACCUGCCAGUUGUCAGUGAGUGUCUGAAAUAUGUUUGUGUGCGUGUUUCAGUGUAUAUUUGUGUGUGUGUAUCCAAAAAGGCACAGUGGAUGCAAUGAGGAUGAUCUGCUAUGGGCAACGUCAUGGCAAUAAUGACAUUAUAAGUAUACAAUACUUAUUUAUUUAAAACACUAUUUCCUUAUCUGUAACUUCAUUAUUUUAUUUUCAAACCAAAAUGUUUAAUUUUUGUUUCAAUUGUAUUAAAUGCCAUCUAUGCGUACUAAAACAAAAAAAAUGUAUUUAGACAUUACUUUCCAGGUCACCCAAAAUACUUGGAUUCUGAAGGUUUCUUUUUCUUUUCAAUUACAGAUAUAAACCGUGUAAAUAAAGAACAUUUCUGAAUACUGACCUAUUCUUCAACAUUCUAUAAUCCUAUCACAUAAACAUUAUCCCAUAUGUACCAAUAUUGUCUUUGGGAACACACAAGUAAAUACAUAUACACACACCCCCACACAUGCUCCGUGACAUGCAUCAAGUGUUACUCACAAACACAUACAUACUGAUACACAGACACACACAUACUGACGGAAACAGUCAGUGUUUGUCUGACAGAGUGUGUUUAGCAUUGUGAAUGUGUGUGUGUGUGUGUGUGUGUGUGUUGGUGCAUAUUGAUGUAUAUUUGUAUCUAGAAGGUAUAGCUGCUGUCUGUGAAUGUGUAUCUUUGUGUGGGGGAGCUGCUUGUCGUGUGUUGUGUGUAUGGCAUGGCUAGUUGUGAGUUGGUAUAUGUUCUGUGUGUUAUGAGGGUGAUUGUGGAGACUCCCGAAGUGAAUGGGGGGUUACUGUGAGGGCUACUUUAUGAGUGGAGAGUGUAUGUUUGCGCCCAGUCUCCCCAUACACAUAACUUAUUUGUGACCUCCUUCCCUUCUCUUCUACUUGAUCACUUUGUUCAGUUUAAGCAUGUUUGUUGAUGGGUACUUGGUGCCCGUUUUUCAUAUUAUCUUUGAUGUAUGGAGUUACUAUGAAUCCUUUUUAUUCUCUUUUCUUUGUAUAUUUAGUUCCGUAUGUUUUGUAAUACUGCUUGGAAACUCCAAUAAAUUUGAAUUGGAAACAACAUGUGACACUGGGUGACACUGCGUGACACUGCUUAAAGAAAGAAUUGAUACUUUCAUCUUCUGUUGUGACUAUAACGACCUCUAGGUGUCGCUGCAAUCCCUCGCUCGGUUAUAUCCUCACACUGGAAUGGUGAUUGGGGACCCAACUGUGCUGACUGUGUGAGGCCUUCUAGAUAUUAUGAGUCUCCCUGGUGGAAUAUUAUUAUUAUUAUUAUUAUUAUUACUACUUCUAUUUAUAAAGCGCCGACGUCUGAUGUGCAUAAUUUGUCAGUAAGAAGAGAUGACUGUUUUCCAUGUUAGAUGGAUUUCUUACCCUGUUAUUUUCUGGCUGGGGAUAUUAUUUUCCAUGCCUUCAAUACAUAAAAUACACAUGGGUUUAUUUAUAGAAAGGGGAGCUAUCUGUAACUAUAAGCAUUUCCUUCUUUUUGCAUUCUUUGUGCCUGAGACGUAUAGUUUUUACUACAAUUAUUGUAACUUGAUUUUUCUGCCUUUAAAUCUCCUUAUCUCUCUCCCACCAGUAUGAACUUGCACAGGGUUUAUUCACUAAACCGCUAAGAAUGCAUGUAAACAUCUGUAUGCCCAGGAAUGGCAUAUUUGAUAACACUCCCAGAAUGCAAUGCAUAAUAUACAAAUGAGUAUAAUCAACACUUUUAAGUUUUCAGACAGACAUUGCUCUUUGGCUCUCUUAGCUACUUAUAUAAAUAUGGUUCAAAACUUUAAAUCCCGUACUACUAUUCAGCCCUCUGUACUCAUCACUGCAAUCCUGGAGUGUCCAUGGUACACUCACCAGAGUGUGAAUGAUCACUUGACCCAAGGCUAGUGGAGAGUACAAUUUUUAGGUGUGUGUUCCAGAUCUCUUAUUAGCCAAACCUAUGAGGAGGGGGGUCGUUUUAUUCUCCUUCAGUUAUCGUGUGAACCAUCUGCAGAAAUUCACUACAGUUGGCUGUUGAUGGCACAUGUGUAGGUGUAAAAAUCGUGGGAGGAUUCAAUAUUUCGUUUAUCUAUUCAGUGUUAAAGUACAGUAUAUUCAUUUUGUGUGUAUUUAUCUGGUGGUAAAGGCCUUGGAAACAAAUAUUGGAGGGGAAAACCAUUUAUUUCUUUUUUUCAUCCCAGAGCCAUUUUUUGUUUUGUCUGUGUUUUUUUUCUGGGAAAAUGUUAAAAAAUCUGGCAUGUGGAAUAUGUUCUUUUCCAAUGAUAAAUAAUGUUUAUGACGUGGUAUUCAAACUAUAUAACAUGAAUACCUUCAUGAAAGACUUUAUGUAAGUUCUCUCACCUGAAGUACAAUUCAAACACUGAGAAUACAAUUCUCACAUAAGCUCAAUAUGCAUUUCUGUAUCUCAGGCCCCUGCAGAGAAAACGGUGUCUAGUUUGGUUGUGUCCAGGCUCCAUCUUGAUGAUGUACACAGUAGUAAUUGUUGGUAUGCAAUAGUUGAUGUAUAGAAGGUGAUUGUUGGUAUACAGUAGUUGAUGGUAUACAGAAGGUGAUUGUUGGUAUACAGCAGUUGAUGGUAUACAGAAGGUGAUUGUUGGUAUACAGCAGUUGAUGGUAUACAGAAGGUGAUUGUUGGUAUACAGCAGUGAUGGUAUACAGAAGGUGAUUGUUGGUAUACAGCAGUUGAUGGUAUACAGAAGGUGAUUGAUGGUAUACGGUAGUUGAUGGUAUACAGCAGGUGAUUGUUGGUAUACAGUAGUUGGUAUACAGUAGUUGAUUGUUGGUAUACAGUAGUUGAUGAUAUUCAGAAGGUGAUUGUUGGUAUACAGUAUUCGAUGAUAUUCAGAAGGUGAUUGUUGGUAUACAGCAUUUUUUUAUUUUAUUUAUUUUUUUACAUUCUUUAUUUUAGGUGCGCUUUCAGGUAUACAAAAGCUUGUCUGGCCACAACAGCCAGGACGGGCACUGUCAUAAUAAUGCAGGGUAUAAAGAGUAAGACCGUAAAUGAUAAGCAUGACAUCACAUUAAACAUUUUGCACAGUUUUUGUAUAUCGGGGGUGUAGUCCCCGGGGAGAAGGAGGGUGGGAACUGUGUAGCUUCUGUGUUGUGAGGAUUAAUUUCCUCUCCCUGAUCGGUUUCUAGUAGUAUACGAUGCUAUCAAAGAUUACGUGGAGACUGAGUGUUCGUAUACUAGGUGUUCGUGGGUGGGCUGAUGUUAGUUCAUGAAGGUGCUAAUAGUAGAGUAUGUUGUUGCAGCUUAAUAAAUCAUGAGAACAAUGGUGAGGAAAGUGUAUGGGUAGCCACGGUAGUGGGGAUAUCAUGGGGAUGGUCUUGGCUCACCUAGCAGGUAAGUACCACUAACCAAGGGGGUAUCGGGGUGGGGGCGGUUGUAUAUCUCUUGUGGGUGUGUCUAGUGUGUGUGAGAUGGGUCUGAGACUGCUCUUUUCUGGACCCUGUAGUAGAAGGCACGAACAAUAAUAGAGUAGCGAAAGAGUAGGUCAACACAGGUUAUAACAGGGGUUAGUAGAGCAUAAAAUAUAAAACAAGAACAAAAGAAGACAACCUUCUGAUGUUAUACAGUAAGUCUUAAAGUGGCUAGGUUUGCCAAAGUAGUUGAUGGUCUACAGUAGUUGAUUGUUAAUAUACAAUAGUUGAUGACAUACAGAAGGUGUUUGUUGAUUUUUGGUAUACUAAAGGUGAUUGUUGGUAUACAGCAGUUGAUGAUGUGACAAACUCCCCUUUUCCUGUGAGUUUGCCACGAGUUUUUGGAGGGGCUUGGUUGCCAGCCUCUUGCCCUGUGACUAUGGCCCCUGGAAUGUAUUGCCCUUUAAACACUAUAUUUGGGCAUAUUGGAUUUUAACAUACUGUUUCUGCCCCUUUAAAUUAUAUGGGAAUAGCUUUGCAGCUUUGACGUGGCACUUCAGAUACAGCCGAAGUAGUCGAAGUGGCCGCCAUUUGACAUACGAACACGUGGCGGUGGCCAUUUUAAUUCAGUCGAACACGUUCAGUGGGGUUUGGUCGUCGAGUUCAUGAGAACUCAAAUCGGACACACGACGGCACGAACACCGCUGAACUUUACCUUCUCCAGACUUCAACUCUUUCGACUGGAGUCGAACGCCAUUUGACAAUUGGAACGGCACUCUAACAGUGACAUUUGCAGGAACGGUUGCCGUUCGUCUAUUUUAACUGACUUUAACAUGGUAAAUAAACCUGCCGCACAGCCAAAUUCUGUGGAACUGUUUUGAGCAGGAAAGCCAUGCUGCGGUCGGUCAUAAGAGACCUCCAUAGACACUUGAACCCCAUGGCGAUUUGACUAUGUUCGUGGGAUCUGAGCGUUGUUCAGAUAUAUUGGGUGCUCAGAUCCAAGCUAUCUGGGGAUAUGUCACAAGUGGGGGUUCGGUCCUGUGAAACAGAAGUUAUGUGUUUUUGUUACAGUUUUAACGUAGGAAUAUUUUCUGUACCUGGAGAUAAUUGAGUUUACUACAGCCACUUAAGCCAAUUACCUCCAGGAUAGAGGGGAGGGAUUUUACUGUGUAUGUGGGAGUGUUACUGUGUUAAUUAUUGUUCCCAUUGGUUUUUGUCCCAGUUUACCACCAGGUCGAGGGGGUGUGCCUCUGGCCUGAAAAUGUGUAUAAAAGAAAUGCCUUUGUGCGCAUUAAACAGAUAAUCUUGCACUUUCAUGACGUUUCGGCUCAUGUUUGGGGGAUUUGAGAACUACACUCUGGGGAUUGCUAUAAUCACUAUACUCCCCAGGGUAUAAUCACUAGACUCUGCUAAGAGCUUGUUCCUGUUCCGGCUCUCUGGAUUUAAGAGAGGUUCACCCACUGGGAGCUGGACCCUGGUCUUGGGUCACAGGGUGGGUAGGAGACUGCGAGACCCCAACCAAGCUGCAGCGGUUCGUGGGGUCUGCAUUGGUUAUGGUGUUGGUGGAGUGCUUGGAGCCCUCGGGAAGCACUAGGAGGUACUCGGUCGGGGUGCCAGGCGAUCCGUUACAGAUGGUAUACAGAAGGUGAUUGUUGGUAUACAGAAGGUGAUUGUUGGUAUACAGAAGGUGAUUGUUGGUAUACAGCAGUUGAUGAUAUACAGAAGGUGAUUGUUGGUAUACAGCAGUUGAUGGUAUACAGAAGGUGAUUGUUGGUAUACAGCAGUUGAUGGUAUACAGAAGGUGAUUGUUGGUAUACAGCAGUUGAUGGUAUACAGAAGGUGAUUUUUGGUAUAUAGCAGUUGAUGAUAUACAGUAGUUGAUUGUUGGUAUACAGUAUUUGAUGAUAUUCAGAAGGUGGUUGUUGGUUUACAGUUAUUCAUUUGUAUUUAUUUCUAAAAUAUUUUACCAGGAAGGAUACAUUGAGAUUUCUCUUGUUUUCAAGUAUGUCCUGGGUAAUAGUUGAUUUUUGGUAUACAGUAGUUGAUGAUAUACAUAAGGUGUUUGUUAAUAUACAGUAGUUCAUGGUAUACAGUAGUUGUUUUUAUUUUAUAUAUAUCUUUAUUUUUAAGAGCAAGAAUUAAAACAUAUACUUUGACAGCCAUGUCAAAGUGUUCAACAUUUCAACUCGGUACAUAUAUGCAUAGCGAAAUACAGUUUUCAUCUUUUUUUUACGUAUUGGUCGGUCUGUGGUAAACCACUCCUGGGGCGCCAAGAACGCUGUCGGGGUCUGGUGGUAGUAAGGCUAGAUGGGCAAAGGGUCUAAUGGGGUUGGCCUCAAUGUAUAUGACUGGAUCUUCCACUGUGGUGGUUCUGUGGUUGGCACCCCAUGGUUUGAGAGUGAUUGACCAUCUAUGUCUAGGGAGUAGUCGUUUAGAAUUGCGUUGCCUAAUUUCUAGUGCUGAGGAAGCUGCAUGGAUGGUCUAAGUGAGGUCCUAGUGUUUGAUUCCUGUAUAGCACAUCUAGUUUGUUCAGGGCUGAGGUUAAUGGAGCUUUUGUGUAUGUGUGUCUGGUCUGACUAGGUGGUUGGCUGAGUUGCUGCAGUGAGAAUGGGCAGACUGGUGUUGUGUUUGUAGCAGGGAAGCUCCAAUGAGUGCACUGCCCCUGUACCCUGAGGCCAUUUGGGGAAAUGAAUUUUGUGCGGUGAGUGGCCGCAUUGUUUUGCGCCCCAGGAGUGUGUCUCUGCUUAAGUCCUGGAAGAGGGAUAGUUGGCAUGUCUCGAAGUUGGAAGGAGUCUUCCCCCGGAAUACCGCUAGUAGCCCCAGCUUGUCUGUCAUUGUGCAGCAGUGCAAUAUGAGGUCACCUGGCGCCGAGGUGGGAACCUGUGGCACCAAGGUGGGAGCCUGCGGCAACUUGGCGAUUCUGUACACUCCCAACCAGAAUUGUUUGGCCUGCUUGGCUGGUAAGACUGCACCCACUGAUUAAAUGAGGCAGUUCCUCUAGGGGUAGCGUCUCUGGGACCCCUCUAAUUUUUAAGUUUUUUUCUCCUGCCCCUAUCGUCCAUCACAUUGAGCUGUCUGGCCAUUAUGGCCUGCGCUUGCUGUAGCGGUUGGACUGUGUCACUUAGAGCAAGCUGGUCUUGUUUUAGGCCUGCGAGGCUUGUUACAGUCGCCUGAGUGCUUGCUGCCACCACUUGUACUGUGGUUGUUAAAGCAUCUAGGUCAGCCUCCCACAUCUGUUUCAAAUUUUGUUGUAGGCCUGUGAGCAUAUUUUGUAUGUCUCUUUUAGAGGCCGGGCUGUGGUCUCCUGCCGAGUGUGUUAGCACCGAGUUAAGCUGGAUGGGGGGCUACCUAGGAGGCCCUUGUCCCCUGAGGAUGCUGGGAAGGCCGAGCGUGGUGGCUGGGUCUGUUGUGAGGAGGGAGCUAGCAGCAUGUGGCCGAUGUCCCUUGGCAAUUUCGGGGUUUGAUUUCUAGUCAUGUUCUACCCAUCACUGCAUAAUCUUUUUCUAUAGUCUGGAUGUCCUCAUGCAGAGCAUGAGGUCGUCCAGCGUCAGGUGACCGAAAGUCGCUUAACAAGCAGGAAGUGCCUCUAGUGGGCAGUCGUUACCCUGCAAUGUUAUUACAGUUUCUGCAAUAAUUAAAGGGACACUAUAGUCCCCAGAACAACUACAGCUUAAUUUAUUUAUAAAAUAUUUUACCAGGAAAUAUACACUGAGAUUUCGCUCGUUUUCAAGUAUGUCGUUGUUCUGGUGAGUAAAAUUGCUCCCUUCAGACAUUUUCAUGUAAACACUGCCUUUUCAGAGAAAAGGCAGUGUUUACAUUGCCUCUAGGGACACCUCCAAGUGGCCACUCCUCGGAUGGCCACUGGAGGUGCUUCCUGGCUCAGGGCUGCACAGUAAGCAGCACUGCCGUAGAGCGUCUCCACGCUCUGCAUGGGGAUGCUGAAUUUCCCUCAUAGAGCUCUGUGCGCCUAAAGGGUGAGAAAGCAUGAUAGGAGUUGUAGUUUUCCAGCACCUGUCGCUGCAGGUUCUACAUGUGCUGUCCAGGUUCUGCCCUCUCACCCCCACUGCUGCUGCUCUCCUCCCCAGGCCAGCAGGAGGCAGGCUGCCGUCUCCCCCAUAGACAGGUGUUUUCUUUUCCCAGUGGAGGUUGCACCUGUCGGGGAUGUCGGGUGGGGUGCUCACCCAGUGCUGGGACAGGUCCCCUGAAUUACCUUGCCAGGAAGCCGAGCUGGCAAUCCUCCCCUCGGCCCUCUGCUCCCGAGUCACAUGACCGCCCAGCACCUGCCUUCCGCGACACCUUCCAGAAAGCAUGCUGCAACACAGGGGUUACAAAUACUAGAGAAUGCUGCUCAUGGCUUGUCCUGUACCGUUUCUACUUCCGUGCGCUACUUUCUUAGGUGUUUACAACUCCUGUGUGCUGCACAUUUGACGUUUUUUUAUAUAUAUCUGGCAGCUCACUGUGCUGGGUUUCUUAUUGUGGGACAACCAACGUCUGGUCCUCUGCUGCUAUCCUGAAGCCGGAUUAAAAUAGAAAAUUAACAACCUGCUGGAGGGGUGUAAUUUUCGGCACAUUUGGCCCAUUUUCGGCUGAAAUGGGAUAGGCCCAUAUCCGGACGAAAAUUUCGGUGCAUCCCUAUUUAAGAUUGCAGGACUAUGGGGGGAGGGGGCAGGGACACUGCACCCAGACCUCUUCAAUGAGCCGAAGUGUUCUGGGGGCCUAUAGUGUCCCUUUAAUAGGUGUAUUCUGUGUGUACAGGAUUUCAUUGUUGUUAAUAAGUAUAUUCCCAGUAUACCUGAUCUAUUUGGUAUUAAAAGAUAUAUAUUUUGUGUCUACGGAUUCAAUUGGGUGUUAAUUGGUAUAUUCUGUGUGUACAAAUUCUAUUGGAUGUUAAUAGGUGUAUUCUGUGUGUGCGGAUUCUAUUGGGUGUUAAUAGGUGUAUUCUGUGUGUGCAGAUUCUAUUGGGUGUUAAUAGGUGUAUUCUGUGUGGACGGAUUCUAUUGGGUGUUAAUUGGUGUAUUCUGUGUGCACGGAUUCUAUUGGGUGUUAAUUUGUGUAUUGUGUGUGUACGGAUUCUAUUGGGUGUUAAUAGGUGUAUUCUGUGUGCACGGAUUCUAUUGGGUGUUAAUUGGUGUAUUCUGUGUGCACGGAUUCUAUUGGGUGUUAAUUUGUGUAUUGUGUGUGUACGGAUUCUAUUGGGUGUUAAUUGGUGUAUUCUGUGUGGACGGAUUCUAUUGGGUGUUAAUAGGUGUAUUCUGUGUGCACGGAUUCUAUUGGAUGUUUACUAAUUUCAUGACGUAAAGUCAUGAUUUUAUAAAGGACACGGAGGCGAGUAUUGUGCUUUCUCUUUCUUUAUUAUACCUCAGCAGCAAAGAAAAAAUGUAUAAACAUUAAAGAAACCAAACUAGACUAAGUACUCAAAGGGUUAACAUAGUCUGCUAUCCUUAACCAAUAGGAACAGUCCUUCUAUCCAUAACCACCCAUGUGACCUCUCCUCUCCCUCUUUCUUUGAUCCUGCCGAAGCCGAAAUUUUAGAAUCUUGCGUAGAUAGUUUGAAUCAUAACUGGUACUUCGUUAUCUUCUCCAUAACAAAACAUGAACAUUAACCAAUCGAACGGAGACGAUAACCGCUCAUCCAUUUCGUCGACUUGAAGUCGUUAAACUGAAACGGGAGAGAAAAGAAAUAUGGUAACGUGUGGUCUAGCGACUGUUUGUUACAUACUCCACAAAUAUUCCUUAUUUUACUUGACAAACUCUACAGAUUACCUUACCUGCUGUAGACCUCCUUAUGUCACAUGCCUCAAUCCUACUAUUCCCCAAACGUCAUACCAACCUCAUCAUAAUUAUCUUAGCAAUACAACUUACUGGGUGGGAGUUCGAAUCUCUUCUUUCAUCUAAUACCAACUUCGCGGUACUUACCACAUUAUCUCCGCGAUCCUUCUCGGGUGGGCCAAUAACCGCCUCCGUGUCCUUUAUAAAAUCAUGACUUUACGUCAUGAAAUUAAUAAAAUCUGGUAGUUUUAUUAAAGGACACGGAGGCUCAUAUUGUGCUAGUUUAAAGCUGAGCAAUGACCGUGUUCUGUAGGGCGAAAGUAAUAUUCUUUAAAAGUGGGCUCCCGUGACCAAUCCGCUGUACGUAAAAGAUCUUCCAAUCUGCAGCCUAACUUAAAUGCUUUGGUCGCAAUAGCUCCCCUAGUGGAGUGUGCCUUGUACAUGGAGGUAUCAAUAUUUGCGGAGGCCAUUACCCAUUUCACCCAUCGGGCUAUCGUAACCGAUGAUACUGGGUGAUGCGGUGCCUUGAUGGCUAUAAAUAGUUCAUGUCUACUAGGGUCUCGUAAUGUCUGUGUUCGUUCCUCAUACUCUUUGAGACAAACUAUAGGGCAUAGAUUUACAUUGUGAGGGAAUGCUGGAUAAGAUACCGUAGAAAUUGCGGUUUUUGUACGCCUGGAAAUGUUAAACGUCACUCCCAAUGGAGUGAACGAGCAUGCAUCCACAUCCAAUGCUCACACCUUGGACACCCUUUAACAUGAUAUCAAGCAGAAAAGCAUUGCUAGUUUCGCUGAUAAUUGUUUCAGUGUAAGGUCGGCAUUCUGUGGCCAUUGUUCUAGUAAAUUCAAGACUAAAUUUUACGUCCCACGUUGACGUAUACCUGGGUGGGGGUCUUGCAAAUCGGACACCACGUAGGAGUCUGCACACCAUUGUGUGUCUCCCUAUUGGUGCACUUUCUAACCCGUGAUGUCCAGCCGAAAUCGCUGACCUAUAGCCAUUAAUAGUCCGGUAUGCUAGACCUUGCUCGAACAACCAUGUCAAGAAACGUAGAAUGCUGUUCAAAGGAGCACAUACAGGAUCCACUUGUUGUUCCAUGAACCAACCACUCCAGACGUUCCAUGCCCGUCUGUAGGAACUCCGAGUUCCUGGGGCCCAGGCUCCCUCCAGUAGUUCCAGCGUCGUCCGUGGAACCUCUGGUACGACCCAGGGUCCCCUGAAAGGAGCCAAGCUAGCAGCCUGAGUUGCCCUUGCAGCAAUAACGGGUGUGAGUUCCCUUCCGGAUCCGUCAAGAGAUGAGGGACCGCGGGUAAUAGUCUAGGGAGGUCUAUAGGCAUCUCCAUGAGGGAAGGGAACCAUGGCCGUGUUGUCCAUAAUGGUGUUAUUAGGACUAGAGUUAUCCGCGAGCGGUCGAGAUGGACCAAUGUUCGUGCUAGCAGAGCGAACGGUGGGAAUGCAUAGAGCCUCUUCCUCGGCCAUGCCUGGAGGAACGCAUCCGUAGCCACUGCUUCCGGGUCUGGUCUCCAGCUGAAGAACUCUGGUAGGUGCGUAUUCAAACGAGACGCAAACAGAUCCAUGUGCAUCGGGCCCCACAGUCUUUGUAAUCGCAGGAAUACUUUGCGAUUGUCGCCAAUCGCUGUUGUCCCGCAGGUAUCUGGAAUUCCAAUCCGCCACCGUAUUUGAGAGGCCUGGGAUGUAUUCGGCCCGUACUGAAAUGUUGCGAUCCAGGCAAAACUGCCAGAAGUCCAUGGCUAAAUCCUCCAAAAGUUUGGAUUUGGUGCCGCGUAGGCGGUUGAUGUACUGUACCGCUGAUAUGUUGUCCAUCCGUAGAAUGAUGGAACAAUGUGUCCUGGCUCCCAGAAGACUUCUCAGUGCGAAUGAUCCCACCAUGAGCUCCAAGCCGUUGAUAUGCAGCGUUCUUUUCAAUUGGGACCAUCUUCCGCCUGUGGAGAUAUGACCACAAUGCGCUCCCCAGCCCUGCCUGCUGGCAUCGGAUUCUAUUAUGCAAUCCGGGGCGCUGCCGAAAAUCGCUUUGCCGUUCCACGCCUCCAUGUGUUGCAUCCACCACUCGAGUUCCGCCUUGGCCGUGUGAUCUAGUUGCACGGAGUCUGAAUAAGAUCGACCUGAUUGUAGAUGUGUAGUUUUCAAUCUUUGUAGGGCCCUGUAGUGUAGAGGUCCCGGGAAGAUCGCCUGAAUGGAUGCUGAGAGGAGUCCAAUUAUCCUGGCUAGCUGUCGUACCGUUAGUGUCAGGUGACGUAACGUUCUGUGGAUCUCCUUUUUGAUGAUCUUGAUCUUUUCCUGCGGUAAAUUCAGUGUUCCUUGGACUGCUUCGAUAGUUCCAUGGACUGUGAGGGGAUCAGCACCGACUUCUCCAAGUUGAUGAGAAAACAGAGGUUGCGCAAAAGCUGUAUCGCCCACGAUAAGUGUUGUUGGAGUAGGCUUACCUCCUGCGCCAUGAUCAAUAUAUUGUCCAAAUAAAUGAUCAUGCGCAUUCCUCUGCUGCGUAGCAGCGCCACCACCGGUUUCAAGAGCUUCGUAAAGCACCACGGAGCGGAAGACAGGCCGAAAGGGAGGCACCUGAACCUCCACAUCUGCUCGUUCCACUGGAACUGGAGGAGGUGGCGACAUUCCUCCGCGAUGGGGAUGGUAAGAUAGGCAUCCUGGAGGUCCAAUUUGACCAUCCAGUCUCCCAGCUUGAGGAGGUCUCGCAGACAAUGGAUCCCCUCCAUUUUGAAGUGGUGAUACCGUACGUACGCAUUGAGGGGGCGUAGGUUUAUCACCGGUCUUACCCCGCCGCCCUUUUUGGGGACCAGAAAUAGGUUGCUCAGGAAACCUGGAGAAUGAUACGCGACUUGAUAAAGCGCGCCCUUCUCCCUUAAUGCUCUGAUUUCCUGUGGCACGAGACCCCUGUCCCGUGGGGUAAACAACAUUGGCCGAGGGGCUGCCGGUUGGACUGGGGUUUGCACAAAUUCUAUAUGAUACCCUACAACAGUGUUGAGAACCCAAGCAUCGGACAUGAGCCCGUGCCAUGCCCCGAUAAAAUGGGAUAGUCUGCCCCCUACAUACUAAGUACACAACCGCGAAGCAGGAAGGGUACUUACCAUAAGGUCGUCGGCCGUGCGCAGCGCCUCUGCAUCCUCUGGGCUGCCAUGGCCUGCCCCUGACAGGAAAGAAUGGUGAAGGGUUCCUGAUCUCCGGUCUGUGGGAAUCUGGGUGCGGGGGAGCCUCGGUAGCCCCGAUAGGAGCCCCUUGAUGACCGGCUGGACAGACGGCCCCGUUGUCUGCCAGCCCCUCCAAAAACUUUUGGGGUGAACACCCGCUUCAAGUUUGUUUGCACCUUGUCCAGGGCCGUAAACGUAUUUACAUAAUUGCCUAAUUCCUUGACAAAAUUGUCCCCGAAAAGGAGACCUUUUGCCUGUGGUCCAGGUUCAGUAAUGGCCAUGUUGACCAGUUUCGGGUCAAUUUUCAUGAGGACCGCCUUGUGCCUCUCUGUACAAAGCGCAGCGUUGGAAUUGCCAAUAAGACAUAUAGAGCGUUGUGCCCACUCUCGGAUAGCCAAGAGGUCCACUGGCGUGCCACUUGAAAGCGUCUCCUCGACCAUGUCGAAGAUUUUUGUGCUGGGGCCUAGCGAGUCAAGUACUUUAUCUUUGCAGUGGCAUAGCGAAUAAUCUAGCCCUUUCUUGGCUUUCCAGCCCGACUUUCCCAAAAAUUGGGCAAUCUUUGGGUCCAGUUCUGGUGUGGCGCACGCCAUAUCCGGAACUGUUGGGCGCGGGCAUUCAGCCCUCAACUUAUUCCUGGCGGCCUUGUCUAGGGGUUUUCUAAUUCUGGCCGCUAUAUAUUGGGCCACGUGGUCCGCUGGGAACCAUUCUGUCGACCUAGGAUGUUGAAGGUCGUCAGGGUUAAAUAGGGGUUCCCCUUGCGGAUCCAGUAUAACGGAAUCAUCCGUUUUUUCUUGACCCUUGGUGGUUGGCCUAACAGAAAAACUGCGCUUCGGAGAAGAGUUCUCCGAUUCCAGUGAGCCCAUUUCGUCAGACUCACUCAAUACCUCCUCUUGGUCCGAAUCAGAGUCGGAUAUGUCUCUCCUGGCUUUCGCCCAUUUCCAUGACUGCACCCUUUUUGCCCGGUGGGAGGCUCUCUUACGUGGGGGUCCCACAUCCUCAUCAGUGACAGGACGCAACCUGUCCGUCAAUGUUGUUUUGGAGGUGUGUUUGCCCAUAUGAUGGGUCUUUUCAGUAGCCUUGCGACCGCUGAGGGGAGCAGGCUUAUCAUCUUGGGCCUUGGAGCAGGGGUCCUUGGGGUUGUGGCCAGACGCCAUGAUGGCGUUACUGAUGGAUUGGGUCAGGUUAUCUGACAUUGCCCCCAUCGCUGUGUAGAUUGCUUGUGUGACCGAUUUUGCCAUCGUUGCAUCUAGCAGAGAAUGGAACUCUUCUGAGUUCAGUUGAUCCACUGACGCCACCUCCUCCCCUUAAGAGGAGAUGGGCUGCGGAACCAGGGACCCACGAGUUGUGGUGCCCAGACUGCCUGUAGUCAGUGACCCGCUCCUGAUCCUUGGGGUGCUGCAUAAUGAAAUAGUACUGCUGUACCAAUCUAUGGCAACUGAGUGAAGUGAUUUUAUACUGCUGGCCCUUUAAGGAACCCUUUUAUGUUUUAUUUGGGAAUGUAAUGUGGUUGCAGACACCCACAAGCCUGUCACUUUAAGCCCCAGUGAGAGUGAACCACUAUGUAGCUUGAAAAUCUGAAAAGGUCUGUAACUAAGCAGGGUGAUAGGGCAAGGCACAAACAAGCUGUCAGCUUACCUAGUGUUCCCUCCGGAAUGGCAGCCCUAGCCCACAUCCAAUCCAAACGCUCCCGCCCUCCAGGAGGCUGGGAGUGUCGGAGCAAAAGCGCGGCAAAACUGCAGAGAAGCCGACAGUUAAAAUGGCCGCCGCGCUAUGCGAAUGCGCAUGUGCGCGCCGCCCCGAGCCGAGAAUGUCCGCACCGGCAACAGCCGCUGCGGAGAUCAGCUGUUAACCGCCCGACACCAAACGGAGCACGGGUAAUAAACUACCCGACGAGGAGGGGGAGGGAGGGAAGCUGUUCAUCUCCCAAACAGAAAAGCAAGAGCAGGCUAAAGACCGUUAGUCCUACCACUAAGGUCCCUAAAGGCAACCCUCAGGGCUCUAACCUCCCAGCACUCCCCACAGAUACAGUAAAUACAGAUUCUACAAAGAAUAUACAACUUAGAACUUAGUAAAUCUAACAGACUAUGAAAGAACAAUUACAAUAAACAUUAGUAUCAAUCUAAUUAUCCAACGGUAAUAACAUAAUGUUAGAGAGCUAAAAUUAGGUGAUACUUCGCUUCGGCAGCAGCAAAGAAAGAGGGAGAGGAGAGGUCACAUGGGUGGUUAUGGAUAGAAGGACUGUUCCUAUUGGUUAAGGAUAGCAGACUAUGUUAACCCUUUGAGUAAUUAGUCUAGUUUGGUUUCUUUAAUGUUUAUACAUUUUUUCUUUGCUGCUGAGGUAGAAUAAAGAAAGAGAAAGCACAAUACUCGCCUCCGUGUCCUUUAUAAAAUCGGAUAUUGUGUGUGUGAAUAAUGCAAUAUUCUUAUAAGUUGCCAUUUGUGCAAACUUGGGUUUUCCUGAUUUUAUUAUUUUUGCAGGAGGGAAGAUUUCUCUGUAGGUUCCUUGUGAUCUACAAUCCUUAUUAAACAUCCAAAAGCUAACCUGCCCUUGCAGCUUAGCCAUCCCGUCGCCAUAGUAACUAGAGCGCCGUCUCUUCAAUCUGCCGGUGACGGAGGCUGCUCCCAGGGGGGGUGAGGCGGGGGGGGGGGAGCAGAUUAUUAGAGCAAAUCCAUUCGCCUGCAUCUCACAGUAAUUCUGCUUCUAAUUCAAUACCUGCAAUGGGAUUUGUCCGUUUCUCUCGCCUUUUAAGUUUUUUGAUUUAUCCUGGGCAAUCUAUGCAUACGGAGGGCGGACUCUUUAAAUCUGAUCCCAAGUGCGUUCUCCGUAUCACUUUCAGGGAACAGGUCUAAAUGGUGCCUUCAUUUGGCAUCAAACAAUGUAGAAAAAAAAGAAUUGCCUUGAGGAGAAUGCUAAUUAAAAGCCUAUGUAUACAAUGAAAUCGAUGACAAGAUUGGGUACUCUUUAAAAAUAAACUCCCAUAUUUAACAAUGCGUGAAGGAAAGGUUUUAUAAAUAAUAACAGAAGUGAAGAGAGCCUCGCUAGGGGAGGGAAUCCUAGAGAAUUAGUGGUUUGCAACAGCUGUCGCUCAGUAUUCUAAAAGGACCAGAUUUAUUCCUUAUCCGCAUCCUGUAGGUGAGCCACCUGCUCUGGAGCUCAGACAGUUAAAGAGAAAGUAGCAUUUUUAUUAACGGUAUAUUAGCGGUUUGUUUAUGUUUGGGGCGCUAACGUAUACAGUAAGGUGUGUGUGGGGGGGCAGGGGGUUGUUGUUUUUUUAUACUUUAUUUGAAUGUGUUUUUCAUUGUAAUGCAGUAGGAAGAGGUUUUUUUAAAAGGCUUUAGUGUGAGCAAAGGACAGUUGCUACCAAAUGGGAAAAAAUUGUGUCUGUGUUAAUGUAUAAAAUUAUUCCCGCCAGAUAUUUUCAGUGCAACAGCUGCGUGAAAGUGAUCUAAUUUUAGCUUAUAAGUGUUGUCGCAAACUGUGUGUAAAAUUAGAUAAAGAAAAAUGCAGAAUUUUUACACUUUAUUGUGCUACGAUUUUUUGCCACCCUUUUUAUAGCGUGAUCUGUACGGGUUGAAAAGUCACCUUGUAAAAAUGAGACACCUUUCGGAUUAAAACAAAAUACAGUUGUGGCUGUGUUUGUUACGCCUUCGGAUGCCUUUAUAAAGAUAGUACGGGCACAAAUGGAGAAAUUAGACGGAUAGAUGGUGGGUUAUGUCAGAAAUAGCACCAUUAUUUAUUUAUAACCCUCUGUGUUUGUCUAAAGAGACAUGUUGCUGCCACGCUGUGAUGUCUCCUUUUGCAAUGUUAAGGGUUGUGUCACGAAGACUCAUUCCCCCAGCUCUGCGCGGUGGCUGAGAGUACAGUACGUUAUCACUGGCAUAGAUUGCACGUAUCUGUGCUGGAGACUGGACUGACACGAGAGCUCAUUGUAAUCUAGAAUUAAUGUAUGUUCAUUAUAAAAAGUACUCAUAAGCAAGUCACCCACAGCAUGUGUACUGGAUUCUGCAUGGGAAGGAAUGAAGUCAUAAUAAUGUAAUAAUGAAAGCAAGAAUGCGUUCUUUAGAUCUUUGUCAGUGUUACAGGUAGCAGGCUGCACAGGAUCGGUUACUUUAUUUAACAUGUUAUGAGGACAAUGAUUCGAAUAUGCCGUAUAAGCCAUGACUGCUGAAAUGUCUUAGUAACCCCAUUGAAUGAUUUUUACUUAACACCACAGUAUUGGCAUUGUUGUAAGAGAACUAAGCUUGUAAAUCUGAGUUGAUCACUUACGUAAGUUACUGUAAACGUGAUAAAUACAUUCAGUGGAACCAUAGUGUCUGCUUUGCUGGAGAAUCCUUACACUAUACCUGGUUCAGCUGACUUUGUAAAACUGUUGCUGUCUGUCUAUGUAAGUUUAAAAGGACAUUCCAAGCACACAGCAUUUUAUUAUUCGUAAACUGAAGAAAAUCUUGCAUCUACGAACCUGCCUCUUAGUGAUUGACAUCACAGCAGAAAGCUAUACUGCCUACUUUGGACCUACAAAUAUUUCUACAUUGUGCGCAGGCUAAUCAAAAUUCUGAAUCUGUCCACAAGCUGAUAGCAGUUUAGGCUGCUACUUCAUCCUGUCUGAUGAAUGAAUUUGCACUCCACUGCUAAAAUUGUAAUUUUUAUUUAUUUUUCUUUAAAGCAGAUUGUAUAACCAAUUGUUAACUUUAUUAGCAAUUUAAAAAAACAAAAAAAAACAAAAGAGAAUAUAAGCAGGCAGUUGCUAAUUUUAGGCCAAAAUAGCUGAUUUGGAAAACAUUUACAAUUCCAUUAUUUUGCUUAAAAUUAGCAAGUGCAUUUUCAGGUACAAAGUGAAAUGAAGUGGUCAUGGUGCCUUAAGUCUGUAUGUGCAGUGUUUAGCAAUGAAAUGCUGCAUAUAUGGAGAUUAACCUCUCCACCCCCGGCAACCUCAUUGGGGUGUCAUCAGUCAGCUCAGAUCUAGGGUUCCUGGCUGGCUAAUGUCAAUUCUGUGCGACUUUCAUUGGACAGAACGUCUAGCUGGAAGCUGGGUAUAUGUCACUGGACCGCCAGGAAACAUCAGAACCUGACAGUGACCCAGAUAAGAAGGCAAACCUUCCUAAAUGGUUUUCCCAAUUACAGGGUACUUCUGGUAUUCUAACCACUACAGAGGGCUGUAAUUAUUAGUGUUAUUAUUAUCAUCGCCAUUUAUAAUAAUAAUAAUUACAGCCCUCUGUAGUGGUUAGAAUACCAGAUGAACCUUGACUUGGUUACAAUGCUUGGAGUAACCCUUUUAAUCUUUCAAUGCAUAUAUUGUCACAUUCAUUCUUUCUCUUGUGUUUCUAGGUGCUGAGGACGUAGUGAUGGCUUUUUCUAGAUCAGAAACAGAAGAUCGGAGGCAGUAAUUGGACCGAAGUCACUGCCAAAUCAAGAGCACACAAGGGGAAGAUGGAGACUAUCCAGAGCUUCCGGAGAUACCUUGGUGGUUCUUUGGAAGCUUUGUUAUAUUUUCCCCACGUUUUUACACUCUCCCAAAGUUUACGUAACAUUUUAGUUUGUGUCCCCUGCUCCUCAGACUCUCCCCGCAGGCCACCUGUUUGUACUUCCAUGUAUUGCACAAGAGAGGCUAUUCCUAUAGGUCCAUGUGAAGGACAGCUGACUAUCCCACAGAGAAGAGACUCGUCAGUGUUUACGUGGAGACUGACCUUGAUUUUAUCGGUUUUAAUUUUUGCAUUUUCUCAUUUCCAUUCCUGGAACAAGAAUCUCUCUGUAUGAAUCCACCACAGUUCCUCUCACUCGCUGAGCUGAACACCUGGCUCUUUUACAACUGGAAGUUGGAUUGGGAUUAUAAAUGUUAAAGCUACGUGCUGUCCAUUUAGAAAUCAUAUAUGGACUUAAUUUCAUUUUGUAUUAGCAUUUUUUUUUUUAAAUUUAUUUCUUAAUGUUGCGGCUUUGGUUGUUACAACACUGUGUUUUUGACUUGAAAGAAAUGAGUUUGUUUUUUUGCAAUAUUUAUUACAAGGAGGCUAGUUUGAAAGAAACAAGUUCUCCUGGAUUUUCGGUUUAAUGUUUAGAGAUUACCUGGGGCAAUAACAUGUGGUUAUGAUUUUACUACAUCUUUUGCCCAGAGAGCCACACAACCAUCAGGUUAACGUUGAGUACUGGAGGGAAGAAUGUCGUACCUUUCCUGAACUCAAAGAAUGGAUGAAUGUGCCAUUACGUCAUGGCAGCUCCUGUCCUGAGAUUGUCACUAGACCACAAACUCCCUUAUCUGUGUUAAUUUGCAGAGGAACAGUGAUUUUUAAACCCUUGGCGUAUUUUGAUGAGUCUUCCCGUCUGCCUCUGGCUUUGUUUGCACUUACAUUUGCACCCAUUUAUGUAAGUAGGUGCCAAUCAAAGUGAGAUCCCGUAUCUAGAGAAGGAAGAUUGAUGAGAAGCUGUCAGAAUGAAAUGAUACAGAGGAGUGACCAAACGGUAGAUACUUCUCCAUCUGUUGUAGAACUAAAUCUUCCAUGGUGCUCAGCCAGUCUUCAGCCUAAGGUCAAACAUGCCCUCCAUCCCAGAAACCCUUAAUUGAAAGUGACUUUUUAUGAAAUAUUCAUCCAGUGUGUUUGAAAUACAAUUUAAGCUGCUGGGAUGAGCCUAUUGCUUUUCUGGCAGACUGCGAAUCAGAGAGGUUUUGUGCUGUUAUGAGAAUUAAACGAUUAAUUUGUUGAUUGUAAUUUCCUUGUGAGGAGAUGCACAAACCUGGACUGUAAACUACUUUGCAAGGAAUUCUGUCUAAAAAAAGCAGCUUCUAAUGUCUGCUAGAAAGGCAACCCAAAUGUUGGUUGAGAGUUUAGUCAUGGCCUUUUUUAAUAAGGCUUCGCUGCAGCAAGUAAAGGGUCUGUCCGCAGGAAUAUGACCAUGUCGACGAGACUUAGCAACUUUUAAGGGUUUUUUAAAUCUAAAUAUAUACAGGGUGUGAAUUCAUCCAGAGUAGCUGGCUAAGAGAAUUCUAACAAUUUGGAUACUUUGUAUUCUCAUUUUUAGUGUAUAACUCUAAGUUUUGUUUUGUUUAAGGUAAUUUAUUUGAGUAUGUGUGUUUGUGUUUUUCUGUGUCUGGAAAUAACAGGGUCUAAGUAUGAACACGUGCGUGUGUGAUCAUAUCUGUGGAAUGCAUGUGUAGAUUGUCACUGCUAGGUCAUGUACAAUUUGUAUUUUCACAUCUACAUAAAAUAAACUUCCUUUAACUGGCCAGUUAGUCAGAACUGUAAUAUACCAAGAUACAGAGAUUAUUAAUGCCACGCCAACAGUAGCCUCAUACCUAGUGACAUUGUGCUAAGGCUAGAACUGCAGAUCCCUCAUUGUAAAGCAAAGUAUCCCUUUUUAUAUCCGCUUUUAUGGAAACUCAUAUGAACGGUAAUUAAAAUAUGCUCCCUUUGGGAGUCUUCACUGUGAUUUAAGGGCCUUCUCUGGUUCCAGAACAAGGAGAGUAGUAGAAUAUAGAAAGAGUGAAAGCUUGGAUCGGAUGUACAGGAUGAGACUUAACGCCUGCGGAGCGGGUGUUUCCAUUCUCUGUAUUUUUGUUGUUUUUAAAACAUUUAGUGUGUUAGUGUUGCCUUUUUAUUUCAUUAAAUUGUACAUUCUUACACUUUGUGCAAUAUGUUUCCAUACCCGUGGAGUCGACAAGAAGAGUACUAAAUUUGUAUCAUUGAGGCAUAGUAUGCUUGUUCUAUCACUGCAUUCUGAAUGCAUGCUGCACACAGUUUUUGCGUUGGGCUGGCUGAGCCUCAAGGGAAAUGUAGUUCACACACAUGUGCGGUGCCACGGUUAAUCAUCCCCGUCCUGUGAGCUUUAAGGUUUGAUUUUGGUGUAAAACACCACCUGAUUAUAAGUGAAUUUUAUCGUUGGGUCUAUGUGGUCUCUGCCUUUAUACAUCAUGCUCAUUGAACUCAAAAUGAGCCUGUUCCCUUUUACUUAAAGCUCUGCCCAAUCACCCAUUUUGUCAUUAGUUCGGGACUACCUAUUUUUAAAUUUUUUUUAUUUAAUUAGAUGCUUUAAUUGGGGAAAUCUGAAACCCAGAUUGUAAAAUUAGAGGACUAUAUUGUAUAUUUUUUCUUUCUAUCCUUUUUUGGGGGGGUUUCUAUGAAUUUCAAAAAAAGCCGAGACUCUGUAUAAUUUGACAUGCCUGCUGAUGACUGUCCUAUUUAAUAAUGCAAAUAAUUCCCUACUAAUGCAUUAAACUAUGUGUGUUUUCCCCCUUUACUGCCUCACCCCUGGGCUGGGGAGGGCGCAACCAUUUCCUUUUAACGCAUGCCUUCAUCCCUAAUGUUUUUGGAUUAAAAAAAUAUAUAUAUAUUUCAGGGAAACAGGAGCACAACCAGCAGUAAUGUGUGCGUAGAUUGAGAAUGUGUCAAAUUCCAGAGGUUACCUGUUCCUGACAUAGUGUAAUGAUUAAUAAAAGGCAGAUGUUGAUGUUUUAGUCUGGUUAUAUGUAUAAUUUUACACACAUACUUAAAAUUCAAACCAUUGUUACAAAAAUAAGUGAGUGGUUCGUAAAGGAACACAAAACUGUAUUCCUAACGUUAGUGUCCCUCUGCCCCCGUAUAUAACAGAAAAGGCAAAAUGGAGUUUAUUGUGUAUAUUAAAACCGCAUGAAGAAAACAAAUGGCAUUUGGAAAGUUAUUAGUCUUGUCAAAGAGUUUGGAAGAAGAAAAAUGACAUGGUGACAAAUAAAUGGGACCCAGGAUUUCUAUAAGGGGAGAUGGUGGGUUCAGUACAGGCUUCACCCCUGAGAAAUGACAAACGUUUUCUAUCUUUGGGUGGGGAGUUAAAUCGUGUAAGUUAUUUAUUUAAACAAUGAUUUUCAUGUAUAGUUUCUUUGCUAACACUGAUUCAUCAUAACGGAGUGAGUGCCUUUUAGUGGGUACCAGACGUGUAAGACACAUUCAGACCUGACCCUCCCAUCACACCAUAUUUAAACAGCUGGGAGAGGUGGAAGUAACUGUAUUUGUGUUAAUACAAAAUGUAACAUGUUAUAUGAGACGAUAAAACGGAUUUUACUCAUUUGUUUGUGUCUCGUACUUUUUAUUUUUUUUAUUUUUUUCGUUCCUCCUUUGUCAAUGAAAAGAUAGGUAAAACAUUAGGGAUGCACCGAAAUUUUCAGCUGAAAACGGGUCAAAUUAAUAUUUAUAAAAUUAUAGGGAAAACAUUUUUUUAAAUCCUUUGGGGGAAAAGUAAUUUUCGUUUUUUGGCCAAGGGCAUCCUGAAUUUUCAUUUCGUUGCAUCCCUAUAAAACAUUUGAACUCCUGAAAAGCCAUGUAUUUAUCGUUUGGAACAUAACCCAUUUCUUCCCUCCAACAUGUGCUAACGUUUGUUUGUUAUUAAAAAUCAAUGAAAGUCCCACUCAACCUGACCUUUGGUCCUUCAUUAAUUUUCACCUUGUAGAGAAUAGGAUCACAGUUGUCUUUGGUCAAACU